GUGGGGGCACGAUAGUAAGCUGAAGGGAUGGGGAGGGAGAAGUACCUGUGAAAUAUCAGAAGUGCGUAUAUCAUCAAGCCAUAGGCUCAGCAGCUACAUUUUCAGGGUAUACUUUUCAAAGACAGCUUCUAUUUUCUAACUGUAGGUGUCUGUAUGUAUUAACAUGUUUGAACAUAGUUGUGGAAGCUGGAGUUAAUAAUGGACUGAUUUCAAUCAAAAUCCCUCGGGGAACAGUGGAGUGCUGUGAUUUCAGAUUUAAGCUCUGAGAGGUCAGAAAAUACUGUGGUUUACGAUGAACAUAAGACCUUGACUUGUUCUCUGGCAAAUACGUCUGACAAUAUGGUCUGUAUAAGAGUGAUAAAAGGGUGUGUGGAAAGCAAGUAUUAAGUGUGUCUAAGUUUAGUAAUUUUAUCCAUUCUCACAUGCAGCCGGUUGCUACUCAGUGCUUGGUGCUCAGCAUAUGAAUUACCUUACUUCAGCUGCAGUCUCUUCCAGGUGGAAGAGAUAUGUGGAGAAAAAGUGAGGACUACUCCCAUUGCAUGCAGUUGUCCAAGUGGCUGCAGCAGUUGCUGGGCAUGUUUGAAUGCCUAAACAGCCCCUUGCAUGACUGUGCUGCCCUGGUAGUGCGCGGUGCAGGGGUCACCACUCACUGGAGCUGCCUUACAGUUUCCUUCUUCCUUUUCCUGCUGAGCUGCAUUGCUUUUGCUGCUGGAGGAGACAACGCUGACCUUGGUGGAAGGUGGUUUUUUGUUGUUGUUGUUGUUUUUUAAUUUAUGCCACAAGGAGAUGGCUUGUAGGCCAGGAAGUCCCUGCUUAUCCAUGGCAGCAAAUCCCAGCAUGGUCUGCUCCAGUACCACUACUGGCACAAGCGACAGCAGCAGCUCUUGUCUUUGUGUGGGCUCUGCAUGUGCCUAGGAGCUCUUUGAGGGCUUCCUGUAGCACUUUGAAGCAAGGUGUGUGCGCAUCAUUAAUAAUAUGCAUGCUUCUAUUCAGGAACCCCUGAGUUUUUACAACAUCUUAAAAGUUAAUUACUUUCUGGGUGAUGUUUUUGAAUAACUUACCUUUUUAAAUUAAAAAAAAAAAAGGCUUCUACUUUAUUUUUAUGUGUUCAUUUAUUUUUGUAACUGAAGUUUAUUAACAAAAAUUACCAGUUCUUCACGUGUUUUCUGAAAGGAUAUGAUCUCGAUAUUCUCCCUCUGGCUUUAUUGAAAUGGGUGCUGCAGGAUGUCAAAUAAGAUAAAUGAUUCCGGCUUCUUAAAAGGAUAUCUAAUGUUGAUCCUAUCUAUUCAGUACACGAGCAAACAUUUUACAGGCACUGUUUCUUCACUGAAUUGUGCUAUGGCAGAAGUUCCAAAGCUGUGUGUAGGUCACAAGAGAAUGACUUCAGUUGUAUUUCUUUGUCUUAAACUGUGAAUUAAGCUCCUGCAAUUACAUUAGGAUGUGUUGUUAGCUGCUUACUAAAUUAAAUCUCUAUAAAUCUGCAAUCUGUAAGCAGGAGUGCUGUGAAUUACUUCAGGAAAAAAAAAUUAGAUUGAAUUUUAUAUUUGGAAGUGGGGUAACUCGGCUAAUACAGAAAGAUACUUCUUAAAAAUAAAGUAAACUUCAGUUGGAACAGAAACUGAAUCCAUUGUUUGUAAAAUGCCUUAUAGGACAUCGUAUGCUCUCCGAAGAUGCACGGGAACCCUACUGAUUGUGGUUAGUGAUAAUUAAUAAUAGAUCAAAGAGUUUUAGCCCUGAGGUUGAAAAGUAAAUUUCAGACUAAUUGCUGAAUGUUUCUGAUAAUUUUUGUAUCAUUUCACUCAAUUACAUCCUCCUUUCCAAACAAUGCUUUUUAUUUGCAUCUGGAGGUGUAAUGAGUUUUUGAAUGGACUUUCAGACUGAAAUUAAUUUUUUCAGCCUUUCUUUCUCUCUGUGCUUUUUUGCUGCUGUCCCGAGUUUGAAAAAGUGGUGGCUUUAUAAACCACUUCCCCCACCAGCUGUAUGGAGCUGUAGGGUUGUUAUGAGGCCUCCCCUCAGCCUCCUCUCUGGGCUGAGCAAACUGAGGGAUCUCAGCUGCUCUUCAUACAGCUUACUCUCCAGACCCGUCAUCAUCUUCAUAGCCUUCCUUUGGGUGCUCUCUUACAGCUUCAUGUCCUUACUCUGUGGUGCUCGGAACUGUAUGCAACGCCCAAGGUGAAGCCGCAGUCCCCUGAUCAGUGUGAUAACCCUUGGGCCGUGCUUAAGCGCUGCCCCGCCUCAGCAGGCGGCUGCAUAUGCCGGUGCAUCCCCUAGAGCUUGCGCAAUCUGGCCGUGUCUGUGUACCUGCAUGACUGCGUCACCCCGCUGUGUCCUCACCCAGACCUGUGCUCCCAGAGCCCUUGGGGAGCUCAGGUUUCACAACCCGUGUGUCCCGGUUUACUCUGGCAGCAUCUGGUUGUGGAAAAUCGAUUGCGUUUGUGUACGUGGCUCUCUGCUGGUACAGCUGCGGGUCAAGGAGUGGGGAAGGGGCUCUUGGGUUAGCUACGCUCUGUCCGUCAGCAUGGCCUCUUGUCCAGCGAAAGGAAGGCCUCGAGGAGGGCCUCAAACUACUGCCCCCAAAUUGGGUAUUGUUUCUGGAAGCAUUGUUUUAAGCAUGGUCCAUUGGGAUGAGGGGUGGGGGUUCAGGCAGCUGCUCCAUCUUCUGGAGGUCCCACGUUCAGCACUGCACAGGGCUGGUCUGCAGGAAGCUCUCAUGCACUUGAGGAGUUCUGAAGCCUGUAGUUCCAAGGACUUUGCAAGUGAAGGCUGGUGGGAAACUUGGAAUGCUUCCAGUAAGGCUGCCUGACUUGUCCGCUUCGGUACAGUAUUUUAAAGGAAAUGAAAUUUGCGUACAGUAGAUGAGAUGAGUCAGUGAGCUGUUCAUCCAGUGCUACAUUCAGAUCCUCUUCUCUGGCUCUGGCUUUGUUACUUUGCAAAGUUGUUCGGAGAAAUUAAAAAAAAAAAAAAAAAAGCCCUAAAGUACGAAAACUUACACAGCUGUUCAUCAUAGGAUGUGUGAAAACUUUCAGGAAAAAAAGUCCCAUUUGAAGACAACAAAUAUAACCUUAUGUUUGCCGUGCUUAAGGAUCAAGGUCUUUUUUUUUUUUCUUUUUUCUUUUUUUAUUUAAAUUCUGAAUAGAAAAUAAAUACACGUCACCAGUCCUGGCCCAUUGGGCUGGGAAUGCGUGCUUCUAGGUCAGUGCAGGUGUCUCUUUCUGUAGUUGGCAGAAGACAGUGUCCCAGAGCGGGGCAUGGCCCUACGUUACGUGAAAGUUUUGGCAGCACAUCUGCCCUCUGAGGCUGCCCGUGUGGAUGCAGGGGUCCCACGGCAGAUGGAGAGUGCCCCUGGUGCUAUGAGGAUCAUUCUCUGGUGGUUGAGGACUGCCCCUUUGUUGCUUGCCUGUCUGCUUGGCGUUAGGGUGGAGGAAGCUUUGUGGCAUGUUUUGCUUUUCUGCUUUUGCUUUAAGUUUGUUUAUCUCUAGGCACUAAGUCUUUCUUAGGUUAAUAAUUAAAAGCAAAUAUUGGCCAAUAAGCGUUCCUUAAGGGUUGUAUAAAGUUACUAAACUUUACUAGCUUGUCAGAAUUCAGCACCGAGCCUUUGUAAUAACCCAUCCUGUUGUAAAACUCACCGAGUAGACCAGCAUUUCUGCAGAAUGAGCUCUGCAAGCCCUAUAGGAAGUUACUGUACUCUUACUUCUGAUUCACAAUCGGGAAAUUGAGUCAUCUAAGUGGACUCAGUUAGAAUCUUUAAAUUCUUAUUUUAAUCUGAAUUCGUGUAAACUGCUGGAAGAUGAACAAAGUAGAGGUUAGAUGUGUCAGCUUCUACUCAGGGUAUGGAAGUAAAUACUGGAAACGAUCCAGAGCUUUAUGGCUGCUGCCAACUAAUGACAUAAGAUAAUGUUGCGAUGAAACAAUGCACUUGAUUCGCACUUGUUUCCCAGCUAACCUUUCUGUUUCUUGAGACUUUGGAGUUUAGGUUUGUAAAGAUUUUGCAGUAAAAAGUAGAUUAGGCAUUGAAAUUUUUGACUGAUUAAAUCUGUGGUAAUGACAACUUCAAACUGCACAAGCAGAUAGUAAGAUAAAAGACUGGUACUCAUUUCAUAUUAAACCCAUUUGGUGAAGAAGCAAGAAGGAUUAGUGUUUUGGAUGGACGUAUUAUUCUAAAAAGAGGGAAAAAAUUAAAGGGGCUGAAUUAUACAGAAAUAUGAAGUGAAAAGACUGAGUUGCUGAUUUAUUGUGGUUUUUGUCUUGCUUUCUCGGACCAAAACUGCAGCCACUGUAGGUCUGCAAACAGUCCUGUAUUUUCUUCCUAAUGUAAAGAAGAGUUAAUUGUGCAAUGAAGGCUGCUAACGUAUUUGCUAAGUUUGUGUUAACGUUUUUACUUGCAUCAGUAAUGUGCUUUUGGAGUGAGUCUUCCCAUUGCCUCCAUUUACUGUGGGGUGGCUGUGCAGUGAAAAAAGAGAUGCUUCUUAGAAAGCAGCGCAUGACAGAAGUGCUUUAGAAGUACCUACAGUACUCCAGCCCUUAAUGGCUUUGGCCCAUGGGACCUCCUUGGAGCCGCCCUGAGGCCCAACCUCUAGGACACGAGUAGUGUGGGUGGAGGGUCUCCAGCCCCAGCCAUCCCUCUCCCUCUUGUCUCUGUGUUGCACUGUACUGCCUGCUAAUGCCAGUACUGGCAGUGUGUUUAUUGCAGUUUCCAGCUGUUAGCUCAAGCAUUUGUAAUUGAAAAAAGAAAAAAAAAAAGAAAAAAAAAACCAGUUGGGAAUUGCAGGCAGAAGAAAUGAUUCCUGGGAAGAACUGGAGGCACGACUUCGUGCACGUGAAUUUGUGUUUAUAAGCUACAUCCAGAAUUACCAGAGUCCCUACUUACUCUUCCUUCAUAGCACUCCAGAAUUCUUGAAAACAAACGAAUGAAACCUUGGAAGCAGGAAAUGAGACUGAAGUGACAAAUAGGCUGUAUCCUGUGGUUUUUUGUUUUGUUUUUUUUUUGUUAAUGAACUUCACUUCUUUUGAACUAGUUGGAAGAUCUAGAUAAGGUUUGCAGAUAUUCUCAUUUACAAUAAUACUAAUCUGCAAAGGAAAACAGGAUUGUUUUUUAUUGCAGCAGCUUAAAGAAGUAUUUUCAAACAGCUGUAACUUAUGCAGACUAAUUUAAUGACUUAUAAUUAUGGUGUCAGGAGAAAUACAUUUUUCUAAAGCAAACCUGUUGCAGGUACCUGAUACACUGAUUUUAAUAUGAUGCUAACCGAGUCAGAUAGGUGAUGUAUUAAUGGCUUGUAAAUGACCUGCAGCUGUUAACUCUAUUUAUGAAGACAGACAUUAGAAAAAAGUGUUUUAAGCCUUAAUCUGUGUUUUUCAGUGAACCAGUACCGUAACUCCAGGACCUAGAUGAGUUCUGAGCUAAUUCACUGACUACCAAGAGGAUUUCAUGUUUUUUUUUUUUUUCUUACUUUCACACUUUGUACUGUGACCAGUUCCUUCAUGUCCUUCAGUGCUGAUCCCUGUCCUCCAUCCUCUGGUCUUAGCCCUUUCCAUGAUCUCAGGAUACUUCACGUUCUAAUUGCUUCAGCACAUACACCUGUUGUUGUGCUUAUUAAAAGAAAACUCCUAAUAAGGUCACUAAGGUGGUGAGAUGGGGUUGGUGGGUGUUCCUGGAGGCUUCUCCACACCAGCCCUAUCGGUCUUUAUCCCCAGUCAGGCUUCCUGCUGACUGGGUUAGGUAUUAGUUUUUUUACAUCCCAUGGAGUACCCCAGGCCCUGAGAUGACAACGUGUUUAGCAUGGCUUAAAUCAGUAAGUCAGUAGAAAUGAGUGUAGUUUUCAUGCUGAGCAGAAGGUAUUUGGGACAGAACAGGAAUGAACUUGAGAUCAGGAAUGUGAAUUGUAAGAAAUAUGAUUUAAUGAAAGAAUGAGAUUAUAGUAGCUAGAAAAAGAGCAGGUAUUGGUACUAGAUGAUGUAAGCUUAAUGUAGUGCACCAGAUCCUGAUAACGUUUGUGGUUUUGUCCACCAGCACUAAAAAUGGAGAAUAUUCAACAUCUCAGUGCUUCAGCCUAUAUGAAAUGAAGCCUAUAUGAAGGGAUGCCAUUCAGAGGGACCUUGACAGACUUGACAGGUGGGCCUGGGUGAACCUAAUGAGGUUCAACACAACAAAGUGCAGGGUUUUCCACCUGGGCUGGAGGAACCCCAGGCAUCUAUACAGACUGAAAGGAGCAGUCCUUGAGAGCAGCUCUGCAGAGAAGGACCUGGGGGUCCUGAUGGAUGACAAACUUAACGUGAGCCAGCAGUGUGCUCUUGCAGCUCGGAAAGAAAAUGGUAUCCUGGGCUCCAUCAGAAGAGGGGUGGCCAGCAGGGACAGGGAGGUGAUUGUCCCUCUCUACUCUGCUCUUGUGAGGCCCCAUCUGGAGUACUGUGUCCAGGUCUGGAGCCCCCAGUAAAAGAAAGACAGAGAGCUGUUGGAGAGGGUCCAGAGAAGGGCCACGAAGAUGAUCAGGGGGCUGGAGCACCUCCCCUACGAGGACAGGCUGAGGGAGCUGGGCUUAUUCAGCCUGGAGAAGAGAAGGCUGCGGGGUGACCUCAUUGCAGCCUUUCAGUACCUGAAGGGAGCCUAUAAACAGGAAGGGAGUAAACUCUUUGAAAGGGUAGAUAACAGCAGGACAAGGGGGAAGGGUUUUAAGUUGAAAGAGGGAAGAUUUAGGUUGGAUGUUAGGGGGAAGUUCUUUACCAGAAGAGUGGUGAGGUGCUGGAACGGGCUGCCCAGAGAGGCUGUGGAUGCCCCGUCCCUGGAGGUGUUCAAGGCCAGGCUGGAUGGGGCCCUGAGCAACCUGGUCUAGUAAACAGGGAGGUUGGUGGCCCUGCCUGGCAGGGGGUUUGGAGCUUCAUGAUCUUUGAGGUCCCUUCCAACCCAGGCUGUUCUGUGAUUCUGUGAAAUAGUUUGAUCAAUUUUACAGAUGUAUUUCAUGUAAACAAGUUGAAGAACAGUAGUAAAUACAGAAAUAUUGCACAUUUAGAGCAAUCUAGCCUUUGUCUGACAUUUCACAUGGACUGGUUAAGUGCCCCUGUGCUAGGUACGAGAGUUGAUGAUGGAAUACUUAAAAUACCCAGUGUUCAAAGGACAGAAAUGUAACAGUUGUCUGCCAUUUGUAGAAAACUUCAUAUUAAUGGUUUUUUUAAUUGUUAUUAAAUUCGCACAACAACGAACAGUAGAGCAGAACUUUUUGUUUUUCUCUAAUUCUGUGUCUGUACUGCAUGGAACAUCCAAAGUACAGGUUCUGCAAAUGCAAGGUAACUACAUAUCCUCAUCUUAAUUAUGUCCUAUAUUAUGUUAGGGCUGUGGAUUAGGUAAGUGAGAUGGCAAGAGUAAAUUUAGGUUGGGAAUUCUCCGCCAAGUUCUCAAUGCUUCCAUCAGUAGCACUAUGAAUUGAGAUAAAUAUUGAGUAGAGUUUCCUAGCAACAAUUGUAAGGUUAAGUAAAAAUCAAAUUUGCCAGGUACUGCUUCCAGAGCAUGCUUCUGAUUUUUGUUUCAAAAUUUAUACUUCUAAUACCUUACCUGCGGUGUGAAGUGCUCAACAAAAUCUGACGGUAUUGUGAAGAAUUUCAGAGAGUCAUAAGUCAUUAGAAAUAUUAUUAUUACUUUGAGACAUAGAUUUUCUUUUGCUGUCUAUUCGUACUUUUGCCAAACUAAUAGGGAUUAAACUUACAUGAGUUCUGCAAGUAUUAGCUAUAUAUAUGUGUGUAUAAAUAGUAUAAAUAAAAGCUACUGUGUAUAUUGCACUGCUUAAGUCUGCUGAAAAAAGUUAUUUAUCAUUGGCUUUGUCAGAGUAAACAAACACAUUAUGUACAGGUCUGAACUGGAGUUAAAGUGACAGGAGAGAAGGUCAGCACGAAUGCUUCCUCAUGUGACGUGAAAGCAGAGGAUUCAUAUUCUUUCAGCCUGUUCAGUAAAUUGCAUGCAAGGAUCUCUGGAGGUGCUCUGAGUUUUUAAGAUGUGUACCUGCCUAAGGUAGACCUAUUCUGGAUAGAAUAAUUUUCCCUGGAGAUACAUGCAGGCCUGGAAUUUAGGUUAGCCCAGGACAGAUAGAUAGAUAGCAGAGGGGAGCAAGGAAUGGAAAAAUUUGGUUGGCUGCUUCCAGUCCUAAGUUUUUUGAGUCUAUAAAUAGAGUCUAUCAGAAUAUUUCUAGUUAGUUCUGGGGAAAGUCAGCUGCUGUGCUGGGGAUUGGCUGUGCUCCCAGAAUAAGGAGGGGAAAAAAAAAAGUAUGAUAGGAGGCCUAUUGAAAAUCUACCAACUGACACCAGUGAAAUUAAGAAAUGGGUAGACUCCCCCAUUUAGGCUUCAGUUUGUUUUCUUGCAGCCUGGGUCAGCCUGUUUGUAACCAGCCCACCUCCUUGCCCAUAGCCACUUGCCAGGGGAAUGCAGAGGGUCUGCACCACAUGCAACCAAGUGGGGUCUGCAGUGCAGGAGUUGGGAUCUCAGAAGUAGGUGGUGUGUUAGACUUGACCCUUGUGCUGUGCUGGUUGACCUGGGCAGUCCUCUCUGUGGGUUAGGUGUGUUCGUAGAAUCAUGGAAUGGCCUGGGUUGAAAAGGACCACAAAGAUCACCUAGUUUCAACCCCUCUGCUACGUGCAGGGUCGCCAACCACUAGACCAGGCUGCCCACAGCUACAUCCAGCCUGGCCUUGAAUGCCUCCAGGGAUGGGGCAUCCACAGCCUCCUUGGGCAACCUGUUCCAGUGCGUCACCACCCUCUGUGUGGAAAAACUUCCUCCUAAUAUCUAACCUAAACCUCCCCUGUCCCAGUUUAAAACUAUUCCCCCUUGUCCUAUCACUAUACCCCCUCGUAAACAGCUGUUCCCCCUCCUGUUUAUACACUCCCUUCAAGUACUGGAAGGCCACAAUGAGGUGGCCUCCUUGGAGCCUUCUCCAAGUUUCUCCAAGCGAAACAAGCCCAGUUAAAGCCCAGUGUUGCAUCAAGGGAAACAGUGAAACGCAAGCAAAAGCUGAAUUUUAAGUUAAUAUGGUUAUCACGUCAGUUGUGACUUUUUUUUAAAUAAUAAAAAUGUCUUGCUGAUAAUUUUAUGUGCAAACUAAUUAAAUACAUUAUGAUACCAGAAAUAGGCAUUUAAGGGAGUCAUGAUGAGCUUUUCAAACACUUAAGGUGCUUUCUAGGAAACAUAAUUAUAUACUUGAAAAAUACUCUGAAUUGAGGUUAAAUUACAUUGUAUGACUAGAGUAUAAAUAACUAGACAGUUUUGUAUUUUAGAAAGAUCUUGCUUUUACAAAAAAAAUAACUUUUCAGCAGAACUACUUCUUCUUUCCCCACCCAAUAACUGCAGAAGGAUGAUCCUUCAUACUGUAAGUGGUCAAAUGAAUAGCUUUGUGCAUGUGAAUUGAACCGGAGUACUCAGAUGAGCGUCUAUUCAUGUCAGAUUUCAUAGGAGCUGAAAUUAUGUUAAGUGAGCUUUUUUAGUACUGACCUAACACCAGAAAAAAAUAACUACUUGAAAACAAAUGCAUUUAUGACAACUUUAGGGCUAUGCUGGCAACUCAGUUUUAGUUUAUCAUUUUUCACAUACUGGAAAAAGUGGUUCUAUUGAAUGUUCAUGUCAGGGGAAGAAGGGAUAGAGCAUUGUCAGCGCUUCUUAGGUUUUCCCGCUGUCUGUAGACAUGGCAUACCAGGGAGUUGCUUAAUUGCUUCUAUCAGAUUUCCAUAAAUAUUAGGUAAAAAAAAAUCAAACUAGUAUUAACAUUUUGUUGGGUGUUUUUUUUUUUUUUUUUAGGAGUAAGAUCUUGCAGUAACUGAUGACCUCAGCUGUCUUAUUAAUUUUUUUUAUUAAUUAAACAUUAAUAACAGUAGAAUAGUUUCAGACUUCCAUGAGUGAUUUAAAUGGGCAAGCAAUAGGUAAAACUUUCUUCAGACACAACAAAAGAAGCAUUUUGUUUUUAAGCGAAUACUAAUAAAUAUCUUGUUAUUGCCAGUCCUUGAAGACAAUUGGAUGAAACGUUGGAGAAUUAUAGGCUCAUAGAAUGGUUUGGGUUGGAAAGGACCUUUAAGAUCACCCAGUUCCAACCUCCUGUCAUGGGCAGGAUUGCCCUUCACCGGAUCAGGCUGCCCAGGGCCCCAUCCGACCUGGCCUUGUUCCCCAUCCCUAGAGGGGCUUCCACAACCUCUCUGGGCAACCUGUUCCAUCACCUCACCACCCUCUGAGUAAAGAAUUCCUUCCUGAUGUCUAAUUUUAAUAGCACCUCUUUUAGUUUAAAACCAUUUCCCUUUGUCCUAUUACCAUCUGCCUGUGGAAAAAAAAAUCUGUUUUAUCUCAUUAAUGUGUGGGAAAACAUCUUCCCCUCUUCCUCCCCCCACCCCCCCCCAAAAAAAGAACUUCAAAUUUAAAAAGGAGAAAAAUUUGUUGAAGGGUUGAAAUUCACCUCCAUUAGAAUUGAUGACCAUUCUCCACAUGAUUUCCAUGGGGCCAGCAUUUCACUAGGAAUUUCACCAGAGGAUGGCUGUGAGAAUUAAAACUCUAAUUCAUUCUGACUGUGUGUGUUGCCUUGGAGAAAUGUUGAGGAACAGCUCCUCUGUAGCAGGAGGAGGGGAAAAUAAACUUAUCUACAGCCAAGGUAGAUUUAACUUGGAAUAAUGCACCAAGUUUGGGGGAAAAAAAAAAAAAGCUAAAACCAAAACCAACAAACAAAAAACCCCAGAACAGUAUCAACUGUGUGUGUCAGUACGGCUUCAGGAAUAUUUCGACAAAUCUGUUUGUCAAAACACAAAGUAUUGGAAAAGGAAGAUAAACAAGUUAUUAAUAUUUUAUUUCUUUUUCGGAUCAUUUUGCAUUUCAGAUCAUUACUGAGAUAUUGGUUUUGUUUGAGGAAGCAGCUCAAAAUUCAUGUUAAAUAUUCACGGUGCCACUUUAUGAUUUAGAUUAUGCAAACCCAUUUGUUAAUUGGAUCUUGUGCGAGCUCAGAACAGAGUUCUAAAGUAGUUCUAAAAUGAUGAUUGUAAAUAAGUUCCACGGCAGUGGAUGUUUUGCUUCUUUUCAAAGUAGUGCAUUCAAAAUAUGUCAUAUACCACCACCCGCCCUAGCCUUCCCAAAAGCAAUGGCUCUGAAUUGAACAAUGCUUUAUAAUCCAUAUUUUCUGAAGUAGCUUCUGCUCAAAGUUUCAGAAUUGUACCUUUAGACUGAGGAUUUGAUCUUCCAUCUGUUGGCGCCCUGAUGGCUUUUUGAUAGCGGUCGUGUUAGAAUCAGAAGGACUGGCCAUAUAGAAAUGCUUCGCUUAAGCCUCUGCAGGUUGGAAGUUUUCAAUUUUUCUGAAGUACAUCAACAUCAGCUGUUUUAUAUUAUGCUCUCUUUCCUGUCUUGUUCUGACACUUUGAUUCGUGUCAUGCAGAGCAUGCAUCUUUUCACACUUCCGAACGCUGACUGUGAUGGCUUGGAUCCUUCAUUAUUAUGUGAUUAAUUGUAGAGAUACAAACAUUAUCAAAUCAAAAUCCCCGAAAGGCCUCUUUUAAAGGAUCUGCCUAGCUUUUGAUUUAGCUGCCCCACAAAUUACUUAUCUGGUGGCUGUGUGGUUUUUAACAUCCUCCUAAAUUUGGAACGAAUCCAUGAAAUACUUUCUGCAAUGUCUGGGGAAUAGAAAGCUUGAUAAGUUAUUUCGUCCGUUGCUCGGGUCAAACCUUUCAAGAGGCAGCAGCACUGAGUGUUGAAUCCAUUAAGUACAAAUCAGUGGGUGUGCAGGAUCAUAGCUUGUAUUGUCUGUUAUUAUAUUAGGGUGUUCCAUACAGGUUUUCUAUUGCUGGAAGUCCAAUUUUCGUCUUUCAGAUGCAUGUAAAUUCAUAAACUACAAGUGUUGCUAUAUACAAGAAAAUUGUGAUUCAGGGGAGAAAUAGCAUGGCAAGGAAAGCACUUUGCAUUAGCUGUUUUAUGCAUAGCUACAUGCAGUGUUUUUAUAAAACAGAUUUUGUCCCUUGGGAUGUAAUAAAAGGCUAGAGACUUAUAAACCAAAUAAGUUUGUGUGGUAUAUUAUUUAGAUAUCCAGAGAAAAAAAGGUCAGAGAAGUCUCUUGUGUUGUCAAUUCCUCAAUGGGAGACUAUAUUAAAAACUAGAAAAUAUAAUACUAUAUAAUUUGGAAACAUAAUAUAUAAUGUAGGUUGAGAGACAAUUACUGUAUUUUAUGUCUCUGUAUUUUCCAUUUUACUGAAUGCAUUUCAGCAACAAUUGAGUUUUGGCUGUGAUGCUAUUUGUAGCAGUUUCCUGAAGCUGCGCAGCAAAUUACUGUGGUGUACCAGAUCAAAUCAGCUCUUCACUUCAUUUGUGAAAGCUACAUUAUGAAAAACUCCUACUACUGGCUUCUGUGGGUAACAGUAUUUUUGUCCGUAAUUUAUACGAUUUUGUGAAUGUUAACAGAAAGUUUUAAAGCAGUUUUAAGAUGCCGUAGCUCAUAUAGCUUGUCUGUCGUUUUUCAGCAUUUGCUCAUUUAAAACUGUUGAAUUAGUUAGGCAGCUUUGCAGAAAGGUUUUGUUUCUCACAAAGUCCUCCGCCUGUAAUGCAAAUAUUAAAGGAACUGGUCUCGUGUACCUACCUCUUCAGCAGCUAAGCCUGACAAGAAAUUAAAAGCGUGGUGGUUAUUAGUGAUUAACAACAAAAAUAAGUGUACUGGCAGUGGUAUUUUUUAGCGUUGGUGUUCCCCUGUACCUUAUUCAGUAAAUAUUCUCCUGCUUUCAGUGACCUACUCUGGAGUGUUAAAUGGCUCACACCAACAUGUAAGACAAGUAUGGUAGACUGCAAAAAGGCAAGUUCUAUGUGGCUGUCAGUUGGCAGUUUAUCUUGGGAGCUUGGGGAGCAUCACUGUUUGUAUGUGUCCUGAACAUCCAGCUUAGCAGUUACAUGAGGUUUGCAACAAAGUCAGUUGCCGAAAGGAAGCUAAAAGACAAGAUUCAAAUGGUUGAGGUUUGCUUCAAAGAAGUCAAAAUCUUCCAUUUGGAGAAAUCUGGAAGAGGUGUUAAAAUCAUACUGUGAUGGAUGGCUGUUUUAUGGUUCCAUUUUCAAAUGCCUAGCACUUAACAAUCCUGCAGGAAAUUUAGAAGUAGAUGGUGCUUUCUCACUAGCAAGUUCAUAAUCUGUGCCCUGGAAAUCUGGAAAUUUUCAUCUCUGUCUCUUUGUGUGGAUUUCACUCUUCCUCCCCUCUAUGAGAGCAGAUGUGGCCAUUUGAUUUUUGACACUGCUGUAUAGUUCCUGUGCCCAAUAAUUCUUGCAUUCUUCAACCCAGGGGAGAUCAGAAUUUCAGAAAUUGGGCAAAAGCCCUUGAGUGCCAAGUCUGCAGCCAUAUGCGAUGUUCGGCCAAGGAGCAAUUCACUGCCUCUGUAUUUGGAGGAGGAGCAUUUGCUGGAGAGGCUCAACUGGGCUCUGUCAGACUUUGUGAAUGAGAAGUGCACCUGAAGGAAGCCAGCAGGAACUAUUUGAAAAAAUGAUUUUCAGUAUAGGGGAGCUGGUCUCUUUCGUACAGUAGAGAGAAGGAGGAGAAGAGGACUCUUUGGAGCAGAAGUUUAAUUGUGAUGGCUGGGAAUUACUCUCAGGAGGAGCCUGUGUCUUCUAGCGUGUGAAGGAAGAAUGCAAAGGGACUCUUGGCCAAGUAUGACCUUUGUGAAUGCUGUCCCUGUGCUGUCAUCUUCAGUUAAUAUUGUAUGUGUUCCUGCACGUGUUCCUUCAAGUUUCACUAUUGGAUUAACGUCCUGAUGGCCUUUUAAUAAAACCAACAAAGAACAGGUCUGUCCAGAUUUUCUGGUCUCAUCAGGAAGGCUUUAAAAUACUUUCUCUGCAGCAAAGCUUCUGUAUGUUUAAUUGUUUUAACAGCAGCAUGGGCAGAACACACCAAUUACCAAAAAGUCUAUGUGAUCUCCUUGGGGCAUUUGUUGGAUUUUGGGUCCUCAGUGUUCUCAGUGUGUCCCGUGUACCAUCACCCUUUAGAAGGGAGGAUGAGAUGCACUGGAAUAGUUUUGGCAUGAUCUAACUACAGUUAAUUUCCUCAUGCUUCUGCAGUGCGUUUCAGACCUAGCAUGUUCUCUACUGGUAAAGCAAACUAAGUGUACAAAAGUCUCCCAUCAGCCUUAAAUCUGAAGUUUCUCCAAGCCUUUAUAGUCAACAGAAAGUUCUGUAUGCAAAAACGUGACUGUUUAGCAAGAGGUUCCACUCUGAGAUGUGUGUAUGUCUUUGAGAGAUAUGCGUAUCUAUCUUGUUGGCAGGGUUGAUCUGGGAGUUCAUCCCCUCAGUAUCCCUUUCUGCAGAAGAGCUCCAGGGCAGCGCUCCAUUUCUGUCCCCGUUCAGCCUGGCACUCUCUCAGACGCGGCAAAUGGAAGUUUUAAGGUGGUGACAACAACCUCAGUGUCCAAAUAAAGAGACUUAGAUCAGAAAACCAAAAGUUGUUUAAUCCUAAGACUUAGUUGUAAGUUAGAAUUAGAUAAGGUUGGUUUUAAUUCCAGCUUUAUUUAUAUAAAGUUAGUCUAGUAAUAUUUGCAAAUAUUUUUUCCUAUUAUAUUAACAGUUCUACUUGGCCUUUUCGUGGUGAUAGUGAAAGUGUCACAAAACCAAGCUGAAGUGAUAGUAGAAAGUUUUUGGUAUGAUAAUUUUUUGAUCUUUUCCUUGGUGGUCAAACCGCAUUUUCUCUCCUACCAAGGGCUGUUAGAGAGCAGUGUUGUCUUUUUCUUUUAGGAGUUGCUAGAUUUGAUUUAGCCAAAUCAUAACUACUGAAAGUAAAAGAUAGCAUUUGAUUAUUCAUGAUAUAAAAAUACAUGCUCAUUUGAUUAUAUUUUUUCUAAGUUACUGUGUGUUAUAAACUCAAAGUACUUGAAAAUUAACGUGCAUUUCAAUAUCUAGUCUUCUUCUCCCUGUCUCACUGCUCUUAUUCUGCCAUAAAGGCUUCAAUUUUUGAACUUUUAUAAGUCUUGUCAGUGUAGGUAACGCACUUUCAUUGAUAACCAAAGUGAGUGUAUUUUUGAAAGGUGGAGGAGAAAGGUGGAAAAACAGUUAACAUCAAUUAUCAUGACAUUUUCCAUUUUUACUCUACCAAAGUGGCUCUUUAUGAAGCAUUCCUGUUCUCCACCAUUUCAGUACAGUUCACAUACGUGUUUCCACUAAGGAAAUUUUAAAUGUGGAAUCUAUCUCAAGCUGUUGACCAAAGAUAGUAAAGGAGCCUCAAUGAAUUAUGCUAGAAAAUUUCUCUUGUGUUUGGUACAAGUACAUAGCAGGACAUAAAUGUAUAAGAUCCUGUAAGGAUAAAUUAAGAUUUGUAGAUAAUACCAAUCUAAGCUUGCCCUUAUGACUCCAUACUUCUCCAUUAAACCUCAGGAAUGACUUUAUUUACUUGUUAGGGAUUCAGGAAGUGUAAUUAAAUGCCAGUUACAGCAUAAAAGUUAUUUCAUGGUGCUAUCUCCUUAAUUGAACUCUGUGAGUUUAUUUAAGGAAAUACUCCGCUAGAGUGAGUCGCUACUGCAAAUGAAAUGGGAAUAAAAAUUACACUGGUUGGCCAAGGAAGGGUUGCAGUUGGUCAGAAUCUUGUGUAUGCUGGAGCAGAUGAAUGUGGAGAGAGAUGGUGGGUAGCAUCCUGGGCUGAAGAUAGCUAAACAGAAUUGAAAAUAAUAAGUAUGACAGAGCCAUUAGUUCGUGAACAUAAUUUAUGUUUUGGAAAACACAAACAGAAGUCCAAGUUUAGGCGACAUUUGUCCUUGAGUUGAUAAUAGCAUUCAAAUGGAAAUCCUAACAAUGUGAGGUUGCUGUAUGGAGCAUAAGAGGAGCUCCAAUGAAUAAUUAAACAAGCGAUGUCUAAUAAAAUAUACAGUACAUUGCUUCGAACUUAGAAAUUGUAACUCUGCCUAAGGGAUGAAUGUUUUUCAUUACUUUUUAAUUGUUGCCAGUGUUGACCUUCAAGGUCUUUUUCUGGCAGAUAAUUUGUUAUGGUAAGGAUGAGAUCAUUAAGCAUUUUAGCACAAGCCGCAUGAUGCAAAUAGUUUCCUAAUAUUAUAGAAUGCUGAUGUAGUAAGAGUUUGUUUUCUUAGGAAUUUGCUCUCCAUAUUUAGUAAUUAUUAUUAUUAUUUUUUAGAUGGUAUCUUAAAAGAGCAAUUUUGCUAUAAUCUUGCAGGACAGUGGUCAUAGAUAGUACAGUAGCAAAUGUCAGCAGUUUUUUCUCUGAGAUGUUUGUGGCAGGUUUUGAUUUGUAAUUUAAAAAAAAAAAAAGAGUUUUACUGUAAAGUCUCGGUAUGACUUUUUGGCUCGUAGUAAUAUUUGUAUAUGCCAAGAACAAACAACGGCUUUUCUCGUUCACUCGGUUCAUGAAAGCAUCUACAUAGGAGCCUGCAGGCUUCCCCCUGCUGAAGGGAACCUCUGUGGUGUCUGAGGUUCUGGGACCUGUAUUCAAGGCAUUAAGUGUUACUAAAUUUUGCUGGUUUUAUACGGUAACUCCGUUUUACUAUUUUAGUGCUUGCAUUGGUAGGCACUAAAAAUAUGUAUUGGGCGAAUAGCAAAUACUGUUAGGAUUUAAGUUUGAAAGUCUUAGUUGAAAUUUUCUCCAGGUGGAUGCAUUAUUAUUCAGCUUUUUUGUCAGACAGUAGAUAUGCCUGCUCGGAUUUGAACGGUGGUGCAGAGAAGCAAGCUUCUUUUCCUUAAGCUUACUUGCCAUUGCUGUUUGUCUAGUUUAAGAUGCAUGUGAUCAGUUGUUUGUACAAAUUGCUGAUAGAAAUGUUUAUUGCUCACGUUGUUGCUGACGGGAGAUGAGCAAAGCUAUUGUCCUGUGCUAAUCUGUGCUAUAGGCAGUCAUUCGCAGGAAGUCUAUAAAUAAUUCUUAGGGUAAUUUCUACCUUGCACUGCUUACAGUCCAAAGAGCAAAGCCUGCAGAUGCGUGGAUGCAGAGUAGAGGCCCCAGGAUGCAGCUCACCUCUCUGCUAGCGGUCUGCAAAGUGACUGCCAGAUCUGACCAGCAAGCUCCUAAGGAAAGGGUGGAAGGAGAUGAGGAAGGACCAUGAGCAGAGCAUGUACUGUGAUGGACAGAUAAGAGGGAUGAGAGCCAGCAGCUAGAGAGAGAGAGAGAGCUGCAGGAUGAGGAGACAGCUACAGAAGGUGCAUCGCUGCCUCUGGCAGGGUUUCUCUUGGUGGACCUUCACCACGCUUGUGCUUGGGCUACUACACCUCAGAGAAGAGCCUUGGCAGGGAGCAGAGUGCGCUGGCCCAGCUGUCCCAAUUUCUUUGGGUCUGGUGUGUCCUCUUAUGGAGCUGCAUGGAUAGCUCUAGUUUGUGGAAUUGAUAUUAAAAAGAAAAAAAGUCCUUUCCAUGAAUUACAUUCAUUUUCCUUUAUUAAUCUGUAGAUCCAAUAAUUUUCACUAAAAAUAUUUUUCUUUUACUCUCAUAUGAUUGAAAAUCCAGCCUGUCAUUUUCUGCUUCCUUGCAAAGAGAUACCAGCAUCAAAUCUGUCACUCAUGCUUGUGAAUGAGUGCUGCAUUCUGUAGGGAGCUCCCUGUUCCCAAGUCAAUAAAUGACAGAAUUGUAGGGGUUGGAAGGGGGGCCUCUGGAGACCGUCUAGUCCAACCCCCUGCUUAAGCAGGUUCCCUACAGUAGAUUAUACAGGAAAAGUAUCCGGGUGGGUUUUUAGUAUCUCCAGACAAAGAAAUUCCACAGCCUCUCUGGGCAGCUUGUUCCAGUGUGGUGUAACUCACAGGAAAGAACUUUUUUCUCUUGUUCGUAUGGCAUUUUCUGUGUUCUAGCUUGUUCCCAUUGCCCUUUGUUCUGUCACUGAACAUUGUUGAAAAGUGCCUGGCUCCAUUCGCUUGACUCCUGUCCUUUAGAUAUUUUUAAGUAUUGAUAAAAGAUCUACUUUCAGCCAUUUUUUCUCCAGGCUGAGCAAUUCCAGGACUCUCCCUUUCCUCACAAGGGAAUGCUCCAGGCCCCUAAUCAUCUUUGUCAACCUCUGCUGGAUUCUGUAUAGGAAUCUUCCCUGUCUUUUUUUGACUAAGGAGCUCAGAACUGGACACGGUAUUCUAUAUGUGGCCUCCCCAGGGCACAGUAGAGGUGGAGGAUCCUCCCUCAACCUGAUGGCCACACUCUUCUUAAUGCAUCCCAGGAUACCAUUGGCCUUGUUUGCCACAAGGGCUCACUAUUAGCUCAAUGUGUAGUCCACCAGAACACCCUUGUCCUUCUUCACAGAGUUUCUUUCCAGCAGGUCAUUUCCUAACCUGUACUGAUAUAUGUGCUUAUUCCUCCCUAGUGUAAGACUCUACGCUUGCACUCUAUUAACCUCAUAAUGUUCCUCACUGCCCAACUCUCCAGCUUGCCCUGGUCUGAGUGAAAGAAAAGUUAGAACAUUUUCCCCCAAAAUAUUACUUUAGACGAUUCCAGGAGCCCUGUGAUGGUACCCAUCACGUAUGUUUUAACAAUAGCUCAUUGUCUUUGUAAUAAUAAUGAUGAAAGCCUCUGAGGUGACCGAGGGAAUAAUGCAGCAUAGUAGCAUGGUGCUCUCCAGGUGAACCCAGAGUGGUCUGUCAGUGUGGCUGUUGCACCACAGAUGUGUAUUCAGCAGCAUGAACAAGGAGAAAAUAAACACUCAAACUAGCCAGUGACUCCCUUGGCAGUGGUGGGCCUCUCUGCUUGCCCAAAGUUGGGAGUAGCUACUCCUGUCCUGCCCCUUUUUACAUCUUCUUGGAGCAAACAGUUUUUGAUUGAGUGUAUGGGACAUGGGGCACAGGUGGGAAGCAGAGCUGGGAUUUUCCAAUGGAGCUGUAAAAUAACUUGGUCUGAACAUGGGCACUUUAUUUAGUUACCUUUUGUUUAGUUAUUUCUCACUUACGUGUAUAUCAGAAAGGUUAAAUAGAUGUUUUCAUAGCUUCUUUGUGUCCAGAAGGAAAACUAGAAGUCUUCGGACAAUCAAAGUUAUUGACAGGACUUGAAGAGGAAAUAAUGGUUAUCAAAGUGAGCUCAGUUAAUUACAGAGGUCUUUUGACAAAGGAAAGAUGAACACUGGCAAUGAUAUCAAUAUUCUGUAUCUGUUGUUUGUUGUUAACUCAAAUGUGGAUGUCUCAGUCCAUAAAAAUUGUUAUUUUGGGAACAUUUACUUUAAAAGAAGCUAAAUGCUGACUUCGAAGAAACUUGUGACUUUGAACACAAAUUAAUCAAGUGUUUGAAUAACAUAUUCUGGAAACGUACUUUCUCAAAUCAAGUGGGAAAGAUACUGCAUGGCACAGCAUCCAUAAUGAUGAUGAACUGAAGGAAUCAUCAGGAAUGUGGUUUCAGAGCUUAGGCAAAAUUGGGCAUUGUCUUACUGUGUUAUAUACUCUGCAAAACAGUAGAUUAGAACUAAUGAUAAUAAUUAUCAAAGCUAUCGUUGGAUUAAAAAUAGUAUUAACUCCUUAAGAGGAAGCACUGUUAAUCAAGUUGUGCUAGAACAGGGAAUUUGAAUACACUGCCAGAUACUUUAUUACUUGCAGGAAAUAUAUUACUGAAACAAUCCAGAAGCAUAAAGACAAUAAUUUAUUAUGAGUUCUUAUGCAGUAGAGAACUUGGAUGGCUCUAAUUGUUGCUUAACUUCAAGCACACUUUAUUGCUGUGAAAUUCCAUGUUGCUGAAUUUAUUCAGAGACAAAAGUAAAAUUAUUAAAAAAAAAAAACCUUGAAAAAUUAAACCCAAAAUAUGAGAUCUGAGACAACUUCAGACUGUAGUCAACAAUUGCAAAUAUGUCCUACUGACAUGUACAAUAUGCCCUUUACAUGUGAAGUUGUUCACAGUUAUUGCAUUGACAUUCUCUUCUGUUUUGCUUUUAUUUCUCAAACGCUGCAAAAAAUAUUGCUAAAUUAGAACUGUGAUUUAGCACAGUACAAUUAAUUUGCAUUAAAGUAUUCAUAGAAGGGAAGAAAUUUGUCAGUUGGGCCUGUUACACAGUAUCUGGUUUACUAAAUGUAAUUUAGAAAAUGUUCUCUGCCUGUGGCAUUGUAGGACAGUUAUCCCUUGUAUUUGUCUUGCAAGCUUUGUGCUUCCUUACCACCCACCCUUGGAGCUCUGUCCCCACAUUCUCUUAAUGAGGAAAUAGCUUAAUUUGUGGCUGCAGUCUAACAAGAGAAUUGAAAUUUGUUAGAGUGGAUGUAACCAUAAUCCCCUUUUACUGGUUUUUGCAAACAGUUUUUUGCUUGUGCUUGUAGAGUGGAAUUAACUAUCUUAGUGCUUACUGGCGCACAUACGUGCAGACAUGUGUAUACAGAUAUAUAUAUAUGUAUAUCCAGUGUCUGUGUGUAUCCAUGAACUGUAGCAUUUUAAAGUUUUAUUCAGUGUGUAUUUGUUCCUUGUUUGUGUAAUCCAAUAGUGCUUUCUUCUAAUAAAUCAAAGACAAAAUGCAGCAUGACAAGGGAAGGAACCACUGCCUCUCUGGAGUGCAGAGCAUGUACUUGAAUUUCUCCAGUGUGUGAGUAGCCUGCACAGCAAAUUCUUCACAAAAUUGCCGAUUCCCAAUUCCUUGCAUUCCCUUUUUUUUCUCUUUGAACCUUGGGUGUUGGCACAAGGUGAAUGUUUUUUUGUUGUUGUUGUUGCUGUUGUUUUUUCUCCCUGCCUUGCUUGUAGUGGUGAAGUGGUUGUAGGUAGAGCAAAUGCCCUAAGUAUCAGGAAUUGAAAUGGGAUGUCUGAAGGCUGGCUCGAGGCCAAGAUGAAAUAUAUCUCUCUUGGCAGCAGGGGUGCUUGAGAGAGCCCUGUGAUAUUGGAUAGCUUAUUUUUUUUAAUCAGUUGGGCUCAUCCCUACCUCGACCGACCUCCUUUAGCUGGGCAGUGGUCAGGCCUGCGUCCCGUGCUUGGCCACAGGUACCCGAGCAUCCUCACCAGCAUAGCAGGAGGAGCGACAGUGUCCCAGCCUUCAGGGCCAUUUGCCUCCUGUAGCUGGAAUAUUGCCCACAUGUUCCAGGAGGAGCCAGCCUGGCGAGGAGACCACACAAAACUUCCUGUUGUCAGAAGCUGCUCCCGCUGGAAAUGGCGCCCGCUGGCUUUGAGAUGCCAGCUCUGGUCGGCGUCCUGUGGGGUCCCCCAGUGCCACAGUCUCCCAAACUGCUGAGCCCCGUGCCUGGCCAGCCGGGUGUCCUGGUGUCAGCGCCUCGACCUCUCCUCAGGAUGGAAGUACGCUCCGCUCGAUUGGCAACGCAUUUCCAGCAUGUUUUGCUUUCUGUGCCAGAGGCAAUCAGUGAGGAAUAUGGUUGGGGUCAGUAUUUUCUUAGGGGCCUUUCCAGACAGAGAAAUGCAGCACAUGGCUGCUGGCCCAGAGGAGCUGUGCGGUCUGUGUGAGCCGUGCAGCUGUGGGGAGCGGUGUCAGGUCUAGGAGGAUACUCCUUGGAAAGUGGGUGGUGAGGAGGAGAUGAGAAGCAAUGAUCACUGAGAAUAAAUGGCUGCAAAAAAUCUUGAGAGUUACUUUUUUUCAUAGCAGUAGAGCUGAGUGUCUGGCCUAUAUGCUUGACAUCCUUCUUCUCCAAGCUGUGGAAAUUGUGGUGCAUGUUCAUGCUCCCACUGCAGCUUUUUCUUUUUUACCCCAUUUUCUAGCCCUGCACUGGAUGCUGGCAGGGAGCAGUGUCCAGGUGAGAGCAGGAGCGUUGCUGACCUCCCUCCUUCCCCACAGGGAGAUGGGUGGCCAUGAGCUUGGUGGCUUUGGGCAGCCUUCUCUUCUUCCACAGACAUGGCUGGAGCUUCACGUCCAUUUGGCAAAGGGCAGGCAGUUUGUUUUUGUGGCUUCAGUGACAAGAAGACGUGGCAGCUAGUGCAUUAAAAGGUAGAGAAUUCACUGAUUUUUAAAAGAGUUUUUAAAUAACAGAAAUACUGCAAGUGGUUGGUGCAGGUACUGUGCAGUGUAUUCAUGGACUUAAAUUAGAUUGAGAACCUGGUGAAUACGUUUAACUAAAAAUGUGGAAAAUCCUACUGAAAGCAAUUCAUUGCCCAAAGUGAAAUUAAUGUCAUUUCAAAAAUUACCUAAUGAAUGGAAAUAUUUGGUGAUGUAGUAAAAAAGGCAGUGUUUUAAGAAAUAUAUUCUUGUUGUUUAAUAGUUGUCUGUAGUGUAAAUCAGCUGUUCUGCAGUAGCAAAAUAUACAUAAUUGUGCCGUGGAAUAGCAGUUUUGUGAUGGUUUGCAAGUUCUGUAGGUUUUCCAGAUCCUAUUUUUAAAAUGAAUUCAGACAUUUCCUUUUGCGAUGCUGUGAACAAAGAUUAUCAGGUUAGAUCAACUUAUUUUAAAACCAACUUUUGCUAACACAGUUAUUUUACGUUUCAAAGUAUAGAUGGAGAGCUUAAGAAGUUGAAGUCUGCUUUCAUGGAGAAUACAGAGUGCUUGAAGUUUGAUAGAACAAAAAAUCUUCAUGUGUUUUGUCCGUUAAAAUAAUGUUUCACUUUCACUUAAUUGGCAAAAGGUUCAGGCAAAAAGAGAGGUGCUUAACCUGUUGCAGGUUAAUGAAAAUUGCAGGCUUACAAGAUUAGGCGUGUGUUUUGUAGGUCAUUUGUUGGUUUAAACAAUAAUGUGUUACUCCCGCUGAUGGCAUUUUAAAGAAUCUUGACCUUGAAAAGACUAGCUGGAGUAAAAAUAAAAACUGAAAAAAAUCUCCAGUUCCACGUGUUUCCAUGAAUUAGUGCACAGUUCUCAAGGCUACACAGGGCCGCUUUCUGACAGCCUGGUCAGCAGCGCACUGAGGUUAACUGGAAGUAGGCUGUUAACUUCUGCUACGUUUUGGAUCAGAGCUCCGGUGAAUUCCUUUCUUUGUUGAAGACGCUUAAGCGCUGUGUGAGAAUAAUUAAUUUAAAAAAAGAGAAGUCUUUGCAAGAUUUAUUUUAUUUUUCAUUUAAGCAGUGAAGGAAAUUUGUAAUCGGAUAUGAUAAUCAAAAUAUGUAAAAAAUUGUGCCUGGAAAUAUGUUCCUAUCUCCUGUAAUUGCUUUAUAAUUGUCAGGGAGGAGAAUCAGAUUAGGAAAGAUAAAUAUUUCCAAUGCUGAAGUUAAUACUUCUUUUGCAAAUGGCAGCCACGUAUCUGCAUUCCUUCGAGCUGGUGGGUGUUUGAGAGCUUUGCAGUUAGAGCUAGUUGUUGCAAACUCUUAAUGCAUGUGCUUUUUAUUUUUGAUAUUUUUACUUUUUUAGGAAUAAUCAGGACUUUUAAUCAAAGCUUCCAUUUAUGUUUAGAAUUUAAGUAGGAAGCGUAACUUUUACUCUUGAUUUUUCUUUCUCUCCUACGCUCCAUAAUCUCAUUAGAAAAAUAAAUACAGGAGCGCUUCCACUAAGCUUAACAAUUUGUUACUGCUUUAAUUCUCUGCAUAGGUUGACUUUUUCCCCCCCCCUCAUGUCUUGUUGGGAAAGCAGCUGUGGCUUGCUGCAUUUUGUACCUUAAGUUAAAAUGUUUGUGGGACCUUAGGAAAAUAUGAGACAGAUUUAGGGAAUAAUGCUUUUUAUAGCAAUUGCUACCCCUUGGUUUUUAUUUUUAAUAAAUAAAUUUAUUAUCAUGGUGUCAAUAACUUCGUUUUGGAGAAAAAUUCUCCCAAGAGGAUGUAAACAAGCCAAAAUCUGUGCUGUAAGCCAUGGAAUAGAUGCCGGUUAGAAAGGCGAAAGCUGACCUCCUCUGAAAGCUGUACUUCUAAAUCAGUUUGGGGCAUCUGAAAAACGUACCUCAGAUAUUUUGUUUACUUGAUACUUCUGGGAAGGAAGUGAUGUUGUUUUUUCCUGUUUUGUGACCGCAGACGUGGAGACAGGAAUGGUUUUGCUGGGCUGAGCUGCAGACUAGGAGCAGAAAUGCACCCGCAGCCCAUGCGUGCCCGUGUCUGGUCUCACUGCAUCUGCCCCAAGGACAAUGAAGAGCAAGGCGGGUCUGGUUCUCUGCUCAGAAAUCCUACUGGGGAAAGUGGUGCUCGGACUUUACCCUUGCCAGGGAUUGUUUGUUCUGGAAUAUUUCUGAAUUGUUGUCUGCUUGUGCGGUCUGAGAGGGAAUUGGCCAUAUGAUAUCCAGAAUUUAUGUUCCGUAUUAAAGCAUUUUCCUGUUAGUUUCCUAUCUUUUUCAUGUGAAAAGGAAGUGUGCUGGAUUUGCCAAAAUGAAGUACUUUGUAACGCAAGAUGCGUGUCAGUGAUCUUAGGAUCUUGUUGAGUCUAGGCAAGCUGCAUGUGUAAGCACAGCCUUUACUGGUUUCACUCAAAACUGGGAUCCAGCAUGAAAAGUUCAGACAGAUGUGAAGGUCAUUUAAACAUGGCUGUUACUGACUUGUGGUAGUUACUCUGGACAAUUCUACUUACUUAAGGGAGGGAAAAUAGAUGUUUCAUGUAAUUCCAGGGCUGGAAGCAACAGCUGCCUGUUCAGUGGGAAGGUAGAAAUCCCACCAUUCUCUUCUACAUAAGUUGAAAAUACAGUCUUAGACUCGAGCGUCUGCACUGUAUCAAAUUUAACUGCUUGAAUACUGUCAAAUAUAGAACUGAAAGUAUUGAAUUUUUGAAAAUUGGAUGUGUAGUGUAAAAAGUCAGAGAGUACUGUAGUUUGGAUAAAAAAGAGAAGCCUUUUCUGAAAGAAUAAUUAUUUGAGAAGAUAUUCUGAAGCUUCUGUGGUUAACAGCUUGCUUGCAACAUAACCUAGGCAGGGUAGAAACAGUCAGAAGUCCACAGUAGGUUGCAUGACCACAUAAUAAAAUGAAAGCACGUCGCCUGGACAUUCACUUUAUAUUGGUAUGUUGGCGUUCCUUUUAUUUUUAUUUUAUUGUUGUUUUUAUUUAUUUUUGUUUUCUUUUCUUUUAAUUAUGGAAGGAUCACUCAGGCUGAACUUAGUCAUUGAUCCCUGACUCUCCUCCAUAUUCUCUCUAUUUAAAUAUGCGUGCUAUUUUCUUUGUCCUUUAACAACUUGUUUCCUCUUCAUUCAUGCUUUCUUUCACUUCCUUUUGGCUCUAUGUUAACUCUAGCCUAUUCUGUUUCUCUCUUGUUGCUUUCUUUUACUCUGUCCUUCCUUUUCUCCCUAGUGCUUAAUUCCUCCCCUCCUCCUGCUCCUCUUUCCUUCCUGCCUCCUACCACUGGGUCAGAUGGUUUUGAGCGAUGAAGGUGUGGGAAUUUUGCACAACACCCAUCUGUAGUGUGCAGGAUAGAAAUGCAUGAAGAAGUUAGACUUAGUCAAUAUAGAUUUCAGAUUUUCUCGUUGCAACUUGGUGACAAACCGCUGCCUCCAUAUAGUAUUAAGCCUUAGAAAUGAGCCCCCGGAAGACAUGGGGGGAUGGUACAAAUCCCCACGCUCUUGUUGAAGCCUUCCUGUAUAAGUGGGUGCUGGCAUCCCUACAGCUCUAACCAGUGUGAAACAGAGUGUGUGCACUCGUGUCAUGGGCAAAUAGAAAUAUGAACUGAAGUACUUAACCUAAUACCUUAUAUUUCUGCUGGAGCAACUUGAUUUAAUAAGUUAAAAUGUUAACGCUGUGACUCUAACACGUCCAUUUCCUCUCUGUGCUUUCUUUCUGAACACGCUCAAGGGCUUUUAAAAACAUCCACCGAAAGAAGGAAAAACCAUGAGAAAUGCAGGCUUAAUUGCACGCAGUUUAAUAUUCCUGUGCUCUGUUUUGAAGGGUACGCUUGACACAGAGAAAAGCAGCAGCCCCACACUGAAUCCUUUGUCCUUCCUGCCGGGUGAAACAGUAGAUAGCUUACUGUAAAUAUGGCCGGCUGCCAAGCCGCGGCGCAGAUUCUUUUUUUAAUACUGUAAACUGGCAAGAAAUCAAGAAUUGCUGUUCUUCCUUUUAUUUACUUUCCCUUCUGUAUUAAAGAGUUCAGUAAAUAAGAGAAAGUUAAAUGUUGAGUGAAGGUUUCAUAUUGAUUAAUCGUUGAAUAACAAAGAGUUAUCAGCUUGUUUUUCUUUUGCCUCCUUUUCCCAUUUCUUUUUGGUGAAACUAGAAAUAUUAGUUGCUUCAUCUGGAACAGAUUAUAGCAGUGAAAAGUCUGUGCAGAGUUUGAAAUGAGGACAGAGCAGAAUGCAUCCAUCAUGUGCAGUUUAAAAUAAUCCACAGGGCUGCCGCUGAUUUGAUCCUUAGAUGUACUUCCUCCCCAUUUCUUCCAAACUCCUGCUAAUAAUGAGUACUUUGUCUCUAGAAAAUACUUUUUUGUAAAGUGUACCCCAGCCUCUGCUUGUAAAUAAUUUUUUAUUCAUAUAACUAAGCUUCUUGAAGUAGCUGCUGAGUUUUUUUGUUUUGCUCUUAUGUGUAAAAGUGGUAGAGGAGUGUGGAGUUCCUUCUGCUGCUUUUCAAACGCAAGAUGUGCCUUUAAAGCUGCUUUGCUUUCAUGUUGGAACGAGAAUUAACAUUAUUGCUUUUCUGACAGUUGCAAUGCUAAAUUAUUGGCAAAGUUAUCCUUGCUUAAGAUAAGUGAUUAUGGAGAUAUAUAGGUUGUGCACAUUUUAAUGACUUACAUGGAGAAAAAUACUUUUCCACGUUAACGAUACAGCAGGUCAAAGGAAACUUAUAAAUUACUGCCGUUGUUAAAUACAGAUUUAAUGUGAAAAUGCAGCCUGCAGUGGAUUAUUUUAAAGCCCCAAAUGUACAGAGGUUCAUUCAGAGGUCUGUCUAUCUUGCUUAAAAUCUACCAAACAUUUGGUAAUACCAACAUAUAUCUGUUUCUGACUUGAUGAAGUCUAGAGCGUACCGUCUAGGUCAUGGUCAUGUAUGCACAGCUCUGCUCGAAGCAUUUUUUGAAAGAAAACACGGAUCCGUAUUUCUUACCUUCUAUAGUUUAUGGCUAAUUGGAAGUUAAGGCUUCUGGAAAUUAAAAGAAAUAUUUUUGUUUUUAAAGCGACGGACUGUGACUGGAAAAAUCCGGACUUGGUUUCGAGAUCUGCCAGAUUUCUUGAAAUAAUUUGGUUACGUCGUUGUUAUUUUUAUUUUCCUGAUUUCCUCAUCCAUAAAAUGGAGAUAAUCUUGUUCCCUUAAAAGAUGGCAGUAUGGUGAAGAUAGAUUCGUGAAUGUUUGAGAGACAAUGCAGUGAUACUUAAUGGGUUUGGUAUAAGUAUUCACAUUAAUGAUUCAUGUGAAAGAAAGAUUGAAAAACUGCAUUAACUUGAAUGUUUGGAAUAUGUUCUUGUAGAAGCAGAACGCAUCUGAGGCUUAAUUCCCAGUCUGCAAUGCCCACAUGAGGGAUACAGAAAGUAUUUAUGCAGGAAAUCUAGAGUUUACAAGUUUCCUUCCUCUAGUUCCUUCCUUUCUUUAGUUAUGAUUGUUUUUUUCAGACUCUGUGAGACAAAUCUUGGUUCCUAAAGUAAGUUCUUUACAAAUACGAAAGCAAUGGCACAUUUUUAUAGAUAUUUCCCUAGGUAACUUGUAAAUAAAAAAUAAUGAACAAUUGAACUGUUUUAAGAUUACUAAAUUAGAGAGAUGGUCCAAAGAGUAGAAGUAUUUUUUCUCAGCAAUUGAGUAAUAUUUAAAUAUACAAUAAUGUAAUAGUCUCCCUUGCAAAAGCGUGGGUCAGAAAAUAUCCCCCUAUCUCAGUGAUAGCCACCAGAGAUCUUCCCCCUCAUCCUGACUUUUUAUUUUGUCUUGAAACUGUAUCAUCCAAGCUAUAUGGGGAAGAUAUCUUGGAAAAUGAAGUAAAACUAUCACAAAUUUGCUACUAUUUUAAGAUUGCUAGAUGAGACGCACGAUUAUCCACAGUUCCGUUUUGGAUUUGCUGCCCUUUCAGUGGAGCAUCCCGCAUGGAAAACUAGAAUUCAUUCUUUAAGCAUCUCUGAUUUUAGAAGGAGAACAGCUAGCUGAUGAUUUUGCUUUCAGUCAUGUUUCACAAACUGAUUUUGUCUUUGGUAAAUGUGAUUGUUUAUUUUAAGUAGAAGUGGCAAUAAUUUCAUUCUUUUUUGGGGGGAAAAUAAAGAAAUAUCUCUACAGAGUUUGAGUUACAGUGUGGCUGUGUCACUUAAGAGCAUUUUUCUUCUUCGAUACUUCAGGCAGAUUAUCUUGAAUAGUUAGCAAAUUUCAGUAUGCAUUUUUAAACACAGGAAUAAGUGCUUGAUAUAAAUAUUACAGUGUCUUGCUUAACAAAGAACAGUGUAUUGCACUCUUAGCACAUGCAGGUAUCUCUCACAUGGAUCUGAAAAGCUAGACUUCUUAGUUGCUUUAAAUGUAUAUUUGGAAGAAGCAGAAGAUGGCUUUAUCACUUGCUUCUUACUGACAGUCUCAGUCCUUACAGUAACAAUUUUCCUUUGGUCUUGCAGUGUGUGCCAGGAGCUUGCAGGUUCUGUGCCUGAAUGCAGCCCCAGUGCCUUGAGGCUGCCCUUUAUCCGAUACGCCAGUAAGGCAAUUAUCAUGAGUCAGAUGAACCCUUCACCCGAGGAUCCUCGUUAUGGGUCAGGCCAGAGCAGGACCUUUUCUGAUCAGGGAGACAGUCUGUGAAUUAAUGUCAGUGAGAAUUACUGGUAAAAUCCCCAGCAAUGGCUCGUGUCCAGAUUGGUAGCGAGACUGACCAUUUAAGUGUCUGCCCCUCCUGAAUAGAAAAAGUACUGCUGGCAUCUUGCUCUUUUUCCUCAUCCUAACAAGGAUUAUUUCUGAUUUAUAAAACCAAGUAUGUUGGAGGAAGAGUGAGGAAAAAAGCUUGUUCCUCCAUUCCUUCAGUAUUACUGCGUUUGUCCUCACCAGCAGGUCUUCCACCUUUGUUUUCCAGCAACUUAUCCUGACGAGGCAUGUCCCACCAAUCUACUCUCUUUCUCCCUCCCCACAGGUCACAGCGUGAGCUGCUGCCUGUUUUAUGCCCCUGGCAAGGCCGCGUACGUUUGCAUUCGCUCUUUUGCUUCCUUUGCCAGAUCACAUCCCCUUUUCUCCUUUGUAACAGGACUCAGACCAACCGCAGUCCUAGCUGGCUCCUUCUUCCCUUUCCUGCCUUGGGCAGAGAGGAGCUCAGGCCCUCUUCAGCUCCCUCACCUCCCUUUCCUCCUUGGCCCCGCCACCACACCUGCGGCGUGACGGUGGCUAAGGGAUUUUCUUUAUUGCAUUAAGGUUUAGUAGGUGUGCAGCAGUGCUGUUAGCCUCUCAUGACCCAGUGUCUUAACAAAUCCUUCCCUGGCCAUGAAGAAUUCGGUUUACGUUGAGUAAAGUCGUAUUGAACUAUGAGAGUCAUCCUGGGGAGACUUUUCUGUACCCAGAGUGCUGUUCUGCACCUAAUUCUGUGUGGAGAGACCUGCUAGUAUCUGCAUCAUUUUGCCAGGGUUGGGUAGCAUCCCAUCUUACAGUUGGUAUCAAAUACCGUUAAUUAAGUUUCUUUAAAUCAUAUAGGGGUGAAUGCUUUACUGACUUUUGCACAGCAACAGAAAUGUGUUGUUGUUGGCAAUGUCAUUCAUAAAAGAUGCUUCAAUGUACUUAGUGCAAAGUAAUGUUACUACUUUUGGAGGAUAAUAACACAAUUUAUUUAAUAAAGUGGUACCAGAUACACUGGGUAAAGAAAUCUAUCAAAGUUCAGUGAUGUUUGCUUGUAGUGCAAAAAAGAUAUAUAUAUUUUUUUUUCCCUGCAAAAAGGAGCAGCAUGUAUGCUUGCAACAGCUUGAAAUCUUUAAAUAAUUUAGUGGUUCUUUUCUUCAACGUGAAGUUCACUUUCUGACACUUACGUGGCUAAGAUAUUAGUUGAUUAUUAUGUCUAUUAUAGGUGUGGCUAUAUUUACAUAUGUGUAAAACCAUCUUUUUUGUAGUACACUAACGCUGUUCAAGUAUAUGCAUGGAGCACAGGUAUGUGUUGUGUGUGGGCUGCCUUCAGAGCUCAUAAUAGAUGUCAGGGAGUGUCUGCUGUCCUUCACAUCCAAGCUCUGAAGCUGUAUAGAAAUGUCAUGGAAAAAGAGUGAAAAGUGCAAGCCUAGGUGGAAAACAUGUAGACAAAAUGGGAUUUUUAUGUGGAACGCCGGUAGGACUUGAGGGCAGAAGGAUAUAAAUGAGAUCUAAACUGGAUUAGUUUCCUGCCAGAUUCUAGAUGACACAAUACAUAGAAGUAGUUCUGUUUCUGGGUUUUUGUUGUCACUGUGUAAAUCCCUGUUCCUUUUGUCUGCUGAGGGUUGGUUUUUAUUUUUUUUUAAUUUCCUGAGAGUUGCUCAGUUAUCAUAUCCAUUGGAUUGGAUUCCACACAAGCAUACAGGAGCGGUUGGAUAUGAAUGUGUUACAUAUCUGCACUGCAGUGAGAACUGUUGCAGAGUAAUUGGGAUCCAAGGUCCAGUUAUACAGUCAACCUGUCGUUUUACAGUAUUCAAACAUCUUUUCAUAGGUGAGUGAGUGUUCAGGGGUUAGAGUCAAUACUAGAGCAAGUGCACACUCAGUACGUGUUAUGGAAAUCCUUUUGGACUCGGUCAGUCUUAGUUUAUCUCAGGCAGAGACAGAGGCUCAGUCCAUCCAUGCUAUGAGGAAGGUGACUCAUGCACUCCAGUUCCUGUUCUAGAGACCAUUCAUAUAUUUGACAUGCAUUAGCUGUUGGAUAAAAUGUGGACCCUAAGUGGAAGGAUGUACUGUCAAGAUGAGCUUUAUUGCCAGAUACGGGAAAGACAAGAUCCAUUCUCAGCAUUUUUCUAUUGGCAAACAUAAAACUCUUUCCACUUAGCUUGGUAAACUUGGGGAGGAUCUUACAGUGAAGUUUUCAUUCUCCUUGUACGUUGUUUUGGAAGACUACACACACAGCUUCGAGCUAUGGAUGAUCAUUGAUGGAAUGUAAUGUUCUUUAAUUACAGUUAUCAGAAAGUCAACUAAUUUUGUGAAUUGGUAGAUAUUGUUUCAUCUUUAGGACAGUAAAUACGGUCAACAGGUUUGAAGAAAUGUAAUUGUUACAGUUCUUUUCCCGUCUGACACUGACGAAAUUACCUGCUCUUCUGUUGCUCUAAUAUGAUGAAAAAUUGAUACAUAAAUAGGAUCUAUGUGUUUUCUUUACAAGGCUUUUCCAUGGGGCAAUUGAUUUUAUUUUAGUUUGUACAAGACAGACCAGGAUGAGAAAAAAUUUUCUUUCUUUCCCAGAUCCAGUUUAAAUGAAGCAAGACUGAUAUGUAUUUACACAUCUUUUUUUAAAGUAUCUCAACAGUUGUAGUUUGGUUUUCUGAAGGGAAAACUCUGGUCCUGUAUUGUUAGUUUCUGACGCGGAAAAAAACCAGUUCUGCUGUAUGCAGAACUUGGCAAUACCUCAUAAUAAGCACCCUGCACAAAGAUUUUUGGGAUGGGACUCCGUCUUUUGAAUUAGGUUGCAUGUAACGCAAGAAUUCAACUCUUUCACGUUCAUCUUUUGGAAUUUUCUGUAGUAACUUUUGCUUUCAAUUGCGCAUUCUCUGUCAAGGUCAAAGGUGUCACUGAACUUCAAAAACAAACUCAUAACCUUUUGUUUAAGGAAGUAGUGGUCUAUUCUGGAAAAGGUUUCUAUGAAAGAUUAAGUUGGUAGAAUUAAGAAUUCAAGGUAAAUCAAAAGGCUUUUCAUACAUGUAAAGACAUUUCACUCAACGCUUGGUUGAGGUUUCCCAUGUUACAUAAUUAGACAUGGAAAAUUAAAUAACAAAAGUCAGGAUCAGAUGCGUUUUCAGGCUUCUCUUGGUGGAUUUUUUUUACUUGUUUGUUUGUUUAGUGUGUUGUUCGUUCCAGGAGAGUAUCCUUUGAGCAGCUAUCAAGCCUGCAGAAUCAGCUUGUCAUCUUAUUUAUAAGGUGCCUUUAUAUUAAAGACAAUAUACUGUCACAGAAGUAGCAUUUGCCAUGAAGAAAAUAUGCAAUGCUAAUACUACUAUGUAACUAUUAUACUGUUUAAGUAUGUUGUAAAAAUCUUGCUGUUGUGAUGGGAGAAUUUCAGUGAAGUUUCUAAUAUAUCUCUGCUGCAGCAGACCUCAUUGCCGCUGCUUCCUGCCGGUGUGCAUGCCUUGCAGAGCGGACUCCCAGUGCAGAAACAGGAUGCUUUUGGGGUGAUGCUACAACAAAAGAUGUUUUCACCUUGAUAAUGCCCAUAUUGGCUUGAACUGAAGGUGAAAAUAUCUCAGUGAAAUGUGGGUACUGGGACCUCAAGACCUUGUGUUUUGCCCUCGGCAUUGACUCCUAGAGCACCAUGCUGCUGUUGUCCCAGCCCAUCCUGUCUCUACCAGUGACUAGCAGCAUAUGCCUAGGGAAGUCUGGAAAAGGCAUGCACAUGGUAGUGCUUUCCCAGUAUAUUUUCCCAGCUUUCAGCAAUCUGCAAUCUCACAAACUUCCUGAAACAGAGAUGGUAUCUUGGGUUUUAUAGCCCUUGAUAGAUUUUUCUUCCAUUAGUUUGCCUGAUUGUUUUAAAAUCCAUACGUGCUUUUAUCAUUCACAAUAUCCUGUGCAGCAAGUUCUACAGCAGAACAAUGUAUGUGUUAGAAGUGCUUGCUUUUGUUUUGAACUUGCUACCUUAUAAUUUCAUUUGAUGCUUCUUUGUUCCUGUAUGAGACAAAUGAUUCCUUAUCCACUGCUGUUACACUGUUCUGUUUAUCACAGAUUGCUUUGAUACCACGUUGAUCACUUGUCUUCCAGGCUGGAAAUAUCCAUGUCUUAUUUAGUUCCUUGUACAGGAGCCAUUUCAUGCCUUUGAUCAUCCUUGCUCCUCUCUCUGCCAUUCCUGGCUCUGUAACAUCUUAGUUUGAGUCUGGAGUACUGCCUGCAAAAUAGAUAAUGUAGCAUACAGUGUCUGUGGGUUACAUGGUAUCGCUGCAGUGUGUUUUGUAUUGUUCUGUGGUCCUGAUGAUUUUAAACAGUUUUUGAUAUUUUGACCACUGGUGAAACGCUGAUGUUUUCACAAAUACGGCCGUUUAAAGUGCGUAUAGUUCUCUGGUGGUGAAAGCUCAUCCACAGCCUGUACUGUAAACAUAGCAUUAGAAUUGUUUUCCUUCCCACCCAUCCUGACCACCACUCCCUGCAGUUCUGUUACCUGUCAACACUGAUUUGUCUUCUGCUUUUACUAUCUAGUCCCUCCUUAUCUGAGAUUGUUCACAGUUAUCUCCAUCGGCUUUUGUUUGUAUUACUGUGAGUAACUUUAAUAUCAGUGGCAGACUUUUUCUGUCCAAUGUUCUUCCAUCUUUUCCAAUCCAUUUAUUCAACUGCGUACCAUCAAAACUCCUGUGGAAUACCAAUCUUGAUCAACUUUCAUUAAGAAACUCGAUCGCAUGAUACUGUCUUUUAUUUCCGCUCUGUUUUUUGCUUGUUUGGUGAUCAGACUUGUUUAUUGAUCAUGCUUGUCCUCACAUACAUUGAUUAGCCAGCGAUGCCGAUAGAUUUAUGAGGCAAUUCUACAAAUGCCACUUUGACUCCGGCUCAUGUUGCAUCCAGCUCAUUGUUUAAAGAAUUCAGUUCUUCCCAGCAGUUCCUAUCAAUUUGCUCAACAUGUGCACCAAAUUAAUUGUUGUGCAGUUCUCUGGAUCCCCUUGGGAGACUUAUUAAGAAAUUGAUAUUGUUUGCUAUCUCUCAUUUUUCCUGCUACGGAGGUGGGUUUAAAUAGGAUUAACAUGAACUGUAAUAGCUCAUCUAUGUGUACGUGAGUUCCUGCAGAGCUUGAGGGAACACCAUCUCACACUUGCAAUCUGUUACCUUUCUUUUUGCCUGUUUAUCUCCUGCUACCUCUGUCAUUGAUGUUUCUAGCCAGAAAAUCACCUACCUAACCUCUUCCAUGGCAAGCACAUAAGCAAAAAUACAUGUGUAGGUGGGGAUUGAUCUAUUUAUUCUUUUUCUUGAUUUUUUUGGGGGGGGAGAGGAGGGUUGCUUUUUGUUUUCUUCUUGUUUUCUUUCUUUUUUUUUUUUUUUUUUUUUUUUUCCCUACUUCUUCCCUGUAUCAACCUUUUCUGCUCUGCUCAAAUUCUGGGCCAGAUCUCUGCCAUAUUAUCUUUUCAAACAGAAUAGUUUGGUUUAUUCCAGGAAAGACUGGGUAGACUUGGCUACCUCAUGACGUUUGGUCAACUUUCUGUGCUGCUGAGCCCCAGAUAACAAGCAGGAACCAGAUCAGACCUCAGGGAAGUCUGCAAGUGAACCUCCUUCCAGAAGGCACUGAUGAGUUGAAGGAACAUGCAAAACCUGAAUUGCGUGUUCUGAUUAUUAUUAUUUUUAUUGCUGUAGCUAUUUUGUGUGUGUGUUGUUUUGUAGUCUCCUUAAUAUUUCCUUUAAAGACAACUAGGAAACUAAACAUGGCAGUUAUCUUAUUGUAACAUUAGCAUUUCAUAAUUAUAGUCACAAUGGCAGGAAGCGCAGAAGUAUAGGCUUCAGUAGCAAUAUUAGCUACAUAUGGACUGUUUUCACUUCCUGCUUUUCAUAAUCAAUUCUUAUUUACGUAUUUUGUGACCUACAUUAAUAUCUGAGUGACCUGACCAAAAAAGUGAUUUUUUCAAAUUAUUGUAUGUUCCUUGGAAGUAGAGGAAAAAAAAGUAGAUUUUUUAGGCUAAGAAUUGCAGUGCAAGAAGUUGCAGUGAUUCGAUCUAUUUUGUGUAUGAAGCUUACCAAGUUUGAAAAUGAACUCAGGCUGUCUUAGUCCUAUCCCAGUAUUAACACAUCUCUUAUUCUCUAUAAUAUUGGUAACGUGCCUUUUGCCGAGAGACUUGGUAAGAGACCUCCUUGUAAGCAGGAGGAGAAUAAGGGUGUUUGGAUUGGGAAUGACCAUCCAAGGAAGAGACCUGGAGGUUGCAGGAAGAGGGGGAUAUUGUGAACUCCCCUGUCUGAGGGUGAAGUGGGGUAUAUGGGGGCUGAGGGCUUGGUGUCUGUAGGGAGACAGCAGCUGAUUUAUAGAUAGCUGCAAGCUUUGUUUUUCAAAGGGAUGAGGAAAAAUGAGUUUCCAUAUUACGUACCAUAAUUUCAAACUAUGCUGAUAAGUCAGUGACCAAAUACUGCAGGAAAGCAGGAUGCGGUCAAAGUCCUUGGUUCUGAGUCAUCUCCAAAUAACAGGUACCAGCAAAAAGGCAAGGGGGAACGUCUCGUGGGAGCCUGGGGCAGUUGCAAGCCCUUGCAGAACUGCAGUCCUAGUAUGUCCUAUAUGUUAAGGCAAUGGAUGUGGACAGAAAGGGAGGGAAAAUAAAUGAUUUGGAAGUGCUUAUUAGUUCAGGUUGAGGAGGCUACUGAGGAAACCGUGAGCUGAAAAAGAGAGAGGUUUGUGACCAACCUAGAUCAGAAGAGUGUAGCAGAAGGUAGUCUUCUAAAUUGAAAUCUCGGUGAAAGGACUGGGCAAGACAUAGAGUUAACUUCAGCAAAGCCACUAGAAUUUGUCAGGCAACACCACCUGUUCCCAACCAGCGUGCACAGAGAUACGCACUGUAUGGAGCUGCCAUGAGUCAUAGGGAAUUAGAUGUCUCAAUAAAAGAGCAAAGGGCCUACAGAAACAGCACGUGGUUCUCCAUUGGCUCUGAUAAACUCCAUGAAUGUGGCAUUUAUAGUGAAAGUCAAGAGCUGUUAAAGUUUUAGAGUUUUUAAGCACCCUGACUGGAAGAGGAUGGUAAGUGUCGUUAUCUAUGAAAUUAUUCAUGGGAAUAGGGAAAGAGGGUUGACACUGUUCUUGGUAUGGUCAUCCUGAUCAAUAAAGGAGCAGUGAAGGAGUUCUUUGAAAUGAAGGGCUGUUGGAGGAAAAUAGGCACCCAACCUAGUCACUUGGGAAGUGUUGAGGACUGGACUCAAGGUACAGCUGUUUCAGAAACUGAAGUUUUCUGUCGCACUACUGGGGUCAUUUGGCACAGGACAGCACAUUUCUCAUCAAUGGAUCUAAGGGAGGGUAUUUGUGCACUGAGCAUGAAUGCAUAUAUUUGCUAGCCCUCAUCAGUGUAGUGCUGGUCUUUCAGAAGAUGCUUACUGAUCUGCACAGCUAUUUGAAGUCUCAGAGACUAACUGAAUAUUUUAUAUUUUGUUUAGUUAAUAGGUACUUGUAAUUUCUGCACUGUAUCAAUGUUGAUGGUUAAUUACUUGUAUGUUUCAUUAGGAAGGCAAAAUGAGACUGUGGCCAUGGUGUGAUCUGUUUGGUGCUGGCUAUCGUGCUGUGUAGAAUUUACUAUUAGUCAUGGAAAAAAUCAGACAUGAAAUGAAGCCAAAGCAUGUGAGACUCCAGGACUUUGAAUGAUAUUAAACAGCUCCAUGCUACCUUUGCCCUCUUCAGCCUUAAUAUUUUGUUAAUUCUGUAUGUGAUUUUUUUGUGGCUGGGGUACUUGAAUUGUGAUGGGAUUAUUACUAUUUUUUUUUAAUUGUCUCAUAUUCAUAACUCAGCAGUGAGUAAAUGGUCCAUAGAUCCAUUCUUUUUCUGUCUUCUGUCAUUUUCAAGUAAUCUCAAGUGCAACUCCUUUAUAUUACGAAUGGUAUAUAUUUCCAGUUGUGACUUAAUGGUUUGGAUAGUGGCAAAGGUAAUGAGCUGAGGAACUCAAGUUGAUGAUCUCAUCUUUCAGCCCACCAGCCUGUCUGAAACUCUUAGCUAAUCGCUGCUCACACAUGAAUGCUCACUUACCUAGAAUGCUUCUCGGUACUGCAAAAUUUUUAGUAUCAAACACAGAGUGAAUUUGGUAAUUAAUCAAAUGAGACCUUCCUUUAUUUGAAAGAAUUUGCUUUUAUCUUUUUAGAAUUGAUUUUUUUAAUUUCACUGUGAUUAUACGUUCACUGUUCAUUUCCUAACUUCAGACAUUUUCUGAGCAGUGAAGCUCAGGCAUAGCAUUGGACCAAAGGGGGGAAAAAAGGUUGGUGUGAGCGGUGUUUGUAUCUGAUUAUGCAGAACAUCUAACAGUGCACUAAAACUGUUGUAUGUUUCAUAAAAGUAGCAUUCUAGUAAAAGAGGAUCUUGCAUGACUCUGCUUUUCAUCACUGCUAAGAAACAGUAAUAUUUGAGUCUGAGCUUCGCCGAAAGUGAGUCACAGUGUACAGAUUUGUGGAAUGAAUGUUGACAGACUCAGAGGAAUUUCCAGGUACUCAUGAGCUUUUUGUUUGGGGCAGGGGGGAUUUGCUUGGUCUUGUCCCCCUCCCCAUGCCAGAGUUGAUAGAGAUUAAUUGAUUUAACCCUGUGUAUAACACAUAGAUGUUUAUGUUGAUGUGUUGAAGGUUAGUGUUCAUUGCAGAGAUGGGGUUUUGAACUAAGCUAAGGCAUGCAAGUUAGCAGUGCAGCUGCUGUUGACUCUAUCUAUAACCCACAGAACUAGAGAGGUGCUGCCAGAGGGUACUUUGCCGGUGUCUCUAUUUCUCUUUUCAGUGCAGGCAUUAUCGAGAGCAAAUUCCUUCUCUUCCUUUUUAGUUUUUAAUACUGUAAUGUUUUCAGUGGUGGGGCUUGACAUCCAACUUCCAGAGAGGUUUGCUCAGUCACAGGGUAGUCUGUGUAGGAUGUGGUUCUCAUCCUGUUGUUUUUCCUUAGAGCUUUGAUGGUGUGACUGUCAGGUUGGCAUCUUGCUCUGUUUUGUAUCUACAACCAGCACAGCUUCACUUUUGCAUCCUUGUCAUGUAUUAAUGAACUGAGUCUGGAAUUCUGCUGCUGUUCCUUGAAAACUACGUGCCAAAUUUGUUUCCACACAGAGCUUCUGCACUCAAGAUGUGAAGUAGAUUCAGAUGUGCUGGUAUAUAGUUUGUAAAGUCUAUCUUUUGCUGCUUUCUGGCAACUGAUGGAAAGAUUCAUUUGUGAUCCAUUUUCUUACUGCCCAGUCUUCUUCCACGCAGUUUAUAAGACCAGUAAGGGUUUCUCUUUAUCACUACUAGAUAUUUUCAGUAGCAAGUGGCCAUAUGGCUCUUGGAAACCUAAGUAUGAAUAGAAUAGAAACUUCAGGCAGAUGCCAAUGUAAGGAGAGAUAUUAGCUUCCAAACAGUUUAGUGUUAGUUUGGAAAUAGUGGCUUUCAGGAACAGUGUCUCUCCCGAUUGCUUUGUUUGCAGUAUGCUCUAACCUGACUGUAUGACACUGGUAAUAUGACUACCGCAAUUUUGCUGCUCUUUCUGAAAAUGAAUACUUGUUUUCAGUGUUCAUUUUGUUAUGUGUUUUACAUUAAAAAAGUCUGUAAAUGACAUUACUUUUAUCAAGUGGUAAGUCCAAUGGCAGCGUAUGCUAACUGCAAGCCUUACAUGGUGCUUUUAGAAGUAGCUUCCUGUUUGAGGGGAUGCCGUGGUUUAAGACGGUCAUUGUAAACGGAUGUGUUAGAAGAGUCAGGCUACAAAGCACAGAUGGAUUUUUGAGAGUUGGGCAGCUGAAAAGCCAUUUCACAGGCUACAUAAAUAAUGUUGCUUCAGCACUUUGGUGGAAACCUAAAGUUAUCUUUAUGGAUCUAGUGGAUUGUCCUUUCUUCUCUCCUUACAUGUAUACUUAUUAUUUAACUAAAUGAGCAUGUUAAUGAAGCCUACCUUUUGUCAUCAUCCCCUACCUUGAAAUACCCAAUAAAUGCAGGUGUAAGUAAUGCUUUCCUUAUGUUUGUCUGUGUUAUUUAUUAUAGCAGUCUCAAUACCCAGGUUUCUAUCUGACUGCAUUGCUGUAAUUACUUAUAAUUUUAUCAAAGGAAGCAGCAAGAGGGGGCAGUUCUUAGGUGAUGCAGUUUGACAAAUGAACAGAGGAGUCUGUCAUAUGAUAAAUUACAAAGCUGUUGGGCAGAAGUCUGUGGUUUCUCAUAUGACUUCUUAAGAUUGAUGCUAAGGAUGGAAAGGGCUGUUGCAUAAUGGAAGGGCAAAAGUUUGUCAGUUGUCUUAGAAUCAUGGGAUCACUAAGGUUGGAAAAGACCCACAGGAUCAUCCAGUCCAACCAUGCGCCCUUCACCAAUGGUUCUCCCUAAACCAUGUCCCUCAACACAACAUCCAAACGCUCUUUGAACACCACCAGGGUCGGUGACUCCACCACCUCUCUGGGCAAAACAGUCUUGUAACUGUUAAGGCUUUAAUGUAGCCCCUUGGUACACAGGGAGUCAGAAGCCUUUAUGUUUUUGAAGGUGGAGUUUUAUCUGGUUUUGUAGAACGGCUGACAGGUCAGGGUUGAUUACCUGAAAGGUCCCAUCCAGUCUUAUUGUUCCUAGCUAGAGGAGAAAAGUAGCCCACCUUUGUGAAGCAAGUUACUAUUGUCACUGGCAAGUGUUAUAACUGGGGAAAGGCCAUCAGAGGGGUUUUGAUUUGGAAAGGAAAAUAGAAGAGUUUUGACAAUUACCUAUUUGCCACCAUAUUGGUGUAGGCUUGUCCAAAUACUCUGCCCAUGUUAGUUUGAAACUCACUGUCGCAGUAAAUGUCCAAUAAAGACUUGCCAGUGAGAGAAGGAUCACUUAGAAAAUUAAAAAAGGGAUCUAAAUUAGAUAAUAGUCAGUAGAAAUAAAGCUUAACUGUAUCUUACAUUACAUAGUAAAAGGUAUGAAACUUUUAAAAUAUGGUUUUCUAUUCUACUUAUUUUCCAGGAAUACGUAUUUGCUCCUAGAUUGUAUUCUUUGACAGGUCACUGAAAGACAAGAUGCACAGAACUCUGAAAGUUUGUUGGAUAGGUUUCUGUUAGGUAUGCUGUACUUCAGGGUGUAAAUUUCAAAGAGAAAAAUGAAACUUCUGCUAUAAAAGUGAUACUUCCCACAAAUACAAGUUUUAUUUUUGACCUUAGGGACUUUGAUUUUAUCUUCAUGCGUUCAUUUUUCAUUUCAUUUAUGGAGAGCAGUUGGGAGCUGUAUUUUGCCUUGAAGUUUUCAGAAAAAAAAGAAUACUAUUUUGAAUGCUGUAGGUGAGAGGUUUAUUGUGUUGUUUUUUAACUUUUUUAGUGUGAUUCAUAUUCUUAAUAUAUUCAUAUAUGUUUUUGUUGUGAUUUUGAUCAUUUCUGCAAUAAGACAUAAAGCACAUUUUAGAUGAUGUAAGCACAGAAUCAUGGAAUGGCUUGGGUUGGAAGGGAUCUUAAGGAUCAUCAAGUUCCAGCCCUCCUGCUGCAGACAGAGUUGCCAACCACUAAGUCAUGUACUAGACUGAGUUGCUCAGGGGCUCAUGCAGCCUGGCCUUGAACACCUCCAGGGACAGAGCAUCCACAACCUUUCUGAGCAGCCUGUUCCAACACCUCACCACUCUCAGUGAAAAAAUUCCUUUGUCAUCUAGUCUAAAUCUUCCUUUUUUUAAGUUUAAAACUACUCCCCCUUAUCAUUAUCUACCCAUGUAAAAAGUUGUUUUCCCUCCUGGUUAUAAUCUCACUUUAAAUACUGGAAAGCAGUAAUGAGGACUUCCCUCAGCCUUUUCUCCCAAUUGAACAAGCACAGUUCUUCCUGUCUUCAUAGGAGAGGUGCUCCAGCCCUCUGAGCAUCUUUGAGGCCCUUCUCUGGACCCUAUCCAAAAUUUCAACAUCUUUACUGUAUUGAGAGGCUCCAGAUCUGGACACAGUACUCCAGAUGGGACUUCACGAGGGCAGAGUAGAGAGGGACAAUCACCUCCCUCGCCCUGCUGGCCACCUCUCUUCUAAUGCAGCUAGGAUACUGUUGGACUUCAGGCUGCGAAAGCACACUGCUGGCUUGUGUUAAGUUUUUCAUCUACCAGGAGCCCUAAGUCCUUCUCAGCAAGGCUACUCUCAAGUUAUUCUUCUCCUGGUUUGUAUACAUACCUGGGGUUACCACGACCCAAGUACAAAAUCCUGAGCUUUGCUUUGUUGAACCUCAUUAGGUUCACAUGGGCUCACCUUUUGAGUUUAUCAAGGUCCUGCUGGAUGUCAUCCCUUCCUUCUGCUGCAUCAACUGCACUGCUCAGCUUGGUGUUAUCAACAAACUUGCUGUGAGUGCACUCAAUCUCAUCAUCUGUGUCAUUGAUUAGGAUGUUUAAGAGUUCUGGUCCCAAGAUAGACUCUUGUGGGACGCCACUCAUCACCAGCAUCCACCUGGACAUAGAACCAUUGACUGGCUCUGGCUGUGACCUUUCAAGCAAUUCCUUAUCCACUGAGUAGUCUGUCCUUCAAAUCCAUCUUUCUCCAGUUCAGAGAUAAAGAUGUGGUGGGGGACCAUAUCAAAGGCCUUGCAGAAGUCCAGGUAGAUGACAUCAGUUGCCUUCCCUUUUUCCACUGAUGCUGUCACUUCACCAUAGAAGGCCACCGGAUUGGUCAUGCCUGACCCUUCGUGGUCUUGCUGUCUGUCUCAUGUAACCUACUCAUCCCUCAUGUGCCUUAACAUGUCUUUCAGGAAGAUCUAUUCUAUGAUCUUCCCACGUGCAGAGGUGAGGCUCUGAGGCUCACUGGCCUGUAGUUCCCUGGGCCCGCCCUACUCUGUUUCUUGUAAAUGGGAGUGAUGUUUCCCUUUUCCAGUCUCCAGGGACUUUGUCUGACAGCCAUGACUUUUCACAAACAAUGGAGAGCAGCUCAACAAUCAUGUUAGCCAUCUCCCUAGGGACCCUGGGAUGUAAGUUGUUUAGCCCUGUGCCCUUGUAUAUGUUCAGUCUCAUGAGGCAGUCUCAGACUUGCUCUGCACUUAGAGCGAGGGGGAGUUUGCUCCCCUACUUCUCACCAGGAGGUUCAGGUAUGUGGGAAAUAUGAGAAUCCUAGCUGCCAGUGAAGACUAAAGCAAAGUACUCACUGAACUCAGUGAGUACCUCAGCCUUCUUCAUAACUGUUGUAGCCAGUUCUCCUUUCUCAUUUAGCAGAGGAGGUGCACUCUCUUUGGCCUGUCUUUCCCAACUCAUGUACCUGUAGAGCACCUUCUUGGUUUUAACAUCCCUUGCAGAGUUCAGUCCCAUCUGUGCCUUGGCUUUUCCAAUCCCAUCUCUGCAUCUCCAAAUAGUAAUGCAUUUCACAGUAAAGAAUAAACAAUCUGGGUUCAUCAAAUAAAGGAAGAAAUAUAUGAUGUAAUACUGCCAUGCACAUAAAAUAGGUAUCUUAAAACUUUUAAGCGAUAUUUACUCAAUUUUUUGAUUCACGGGAAUCAGAAUUAAGUUUUAAAAGUUCAUAAUAUCGACAAAAAUGUUGAACUUAAUAAAGAAUUCAUUUUGUAUAGUUUGUCAUAUUUGUUCUUUGUCCUAUUAAACAUUAUAUUUUUAAAAUUAUAAAAAUGCAUAAAAGUGGUGCACAGCUAAAAUUAUUGGAAAUACUGCUAUUUUGAGUAGCAUAAGAAAGUAUUUGUGUUCUCUAUUGCCAACCGUCACCUUUAAAAAAAAAGAAAAAGAAAAACUAUGAAGAACAGUUGUAUUUUAGUUGCCAAUUUAACAAAUUUUCAACUAAAAUAACAGUGAGUAUUGUGAAUGUAAGAACUGUUAAAGUUUUUACUGAGAAAAAGAACAGCACAUAAUGAUUAGUGAAGUUAAUGAAAUCAGUCAUUAUGUUUGUGCUUGAAGAUGUAACGUGUUGGUUUAUAGGUUGUUUAUACAUUAUAUGAUCUCAGAUAUCCUUUGACAAUGAGAAAAAAUAAUGAAAAGAGCCAGUCUUGAACUUAAUAUGAAGAAAAAUACAGCUUUGCUCUUUCUGACUUCAGUAGAAGCCUUUUUAACGGAAUCUGACCCUUUUUUAUUGUUGUUGUUUUUCUUCUCCAUGUAGCGGAGGGUAUUUAAGAUUUACCUGGAAACUGAUCUUCUCAUGACAGGAGCUAAAGUUGAAAAAAUGUUUUGACAAAUAAAGGACCAACCACUAUUUUUAGGUUCUGUAUGAGUUAUUUCGGUGUACAUCCAUUUAUUUGUAGUUCAGGUUUUGCUGUAGUUGAGUCUUCACCUCUUCUAAAUCAUGUUCACUGUUACUUACUAGCUGUGAUGAAAGCCAUAAAAGUUCAAUAUACCUUCACAGGAGAAGGCGCUGGCAAAAUAAUGAUGCUCUUUGGCUAAAUCUGAGUCCCAGCUGUUAAGUUCUGUGUAAACUCAUAGUAGGAAGAAAUUUGAGGUCAGUCUUCAAAAUCUGGAAAAAAAUAAAAAUAAAAUCAACAUGUGUUAGCUUAGUUUUUAGUUCCUUUUAUUUUAAUCUUUCAAAGGAGGCACACAUUUUGGAAGAGUGAACUUAAAGUAUGCUCUUCAUGUGAAUUUAUCAAUAGAAAUGUGUAGAAAAAAAGACGAUACGUUUCGGUUUAUGCUGUGUUAAAUACAUAAUUCCAAAAUAAGAUCAUGGAGAUAAAAUACAGAGUAGUAUGACAUUUGAUAAGCAUACAGAUAGUUCUACUCUGCCUAGUAUUUCUAAUUUGUUUUUUUUUUAAAUGUGAUUUAAAUACUCCUGAAGUAUUUUCGUUUUUCAUGCUGUUUCCUCUGCCUAAUCCCAUGAGAUGUGAUGUAGAAUUGCUAGUAAAGUUUGUUUGUUUUUCAAGGCUUGACGGGAGGCAGGUGGGGGCAGCUGCAUUUCUUUAGACAUUGUUAACUAUGUGUUUAAAUAUUGAAAAUGGGCCAAGAAAUUACAACUCAUAAUUACGUUUAAUGGCAGAAUAUAGUACCACUGCCUUCAAUAGCGAAUAUGUGAGAAUGCACACGCCAAAAAUUAUAGCAAAUCUAUUUGUAAAGGACAGACCUCACCAAUAAAGACCUGUGUUUGAAUAUGAAGAUCACAUUCCUGAAUUUAUUUUCACGGAUUAAGGAGAUAAUAGAACAAAUUGUUGAUUAAUAAAUUAAUUGCAUGAAAGAUUUUUUUUUAAAUACCAUAAAUCAGAAUUACAAAGUAAUCUAUUAAUAAUGAGAAGGAGCACUUGUUAUAGUAGGUCAAGUUGUUGACUUUCAGAUUAGUUCUUUUAUAUUUAGACAAAAAUUUGCAUUUAUAGGAGUACCAGAACAUGUGUAUUCAUAGCAGUAUUCCUGAAACUCCAAAACUAAUAUUAUAUACUGAAACAAGGCCUCUUUUCUCUUUAAUAUCUCGACAUUACAUUCCAUUACAAGCCUCUAGCACAGCAGGUGUAGAGAACAUAAAAUGGCAAGUCAUCAUGAGGAGGUGUUUUCCUUUAUUUGAAGUAUGUGUCUGCCAUGAUACAUUUAGUAGGAGCCUCUUAACUUUGAAAUUAAGGACUGCAUUUUGGGACUGAUGGCAGCCAUCAGGCAGGUGCUGCAUCCAGGCUCCCAAAAUGUUGUGAUCUGCCUCACAUUAGUCAUAAUUCUUUCCCCGCUUUUUCUGGGGCCAGAAAAAAAUGAUAACUACAUGACAAAAUGCAGAGAGUUAGACAAAACCAAGAAAUGAAAUAAUGCUAAUGCUAUAUAUAUAUAUAUAUAAAACCUGAAAAUACAGCUUAAGAGGCCUUGAAUUGUAGGACCAUAUUAAGCUGUGUAACUAAUAUGUAUUUGAUAGUUCAUUUCCCAUGAGGAGCUGCAUCAGUCUUUGUGCCUCCCCAACCUAUUUGGCUUUGUUGUGGGAGGUUGGCUAGAUUUAUCUCUGUAUGAAGUGGGUGUUUUAAUAUCAACAUUAAUUUAGUUGGGAAACCGUGAGUUGCCAUUGAAUUUGAGGCAUAGUUUACCACAAUCUGAAUUUAAUUCAAUAUUUAAUUAAACGCAUUUAUAACUUUAAGCAUGUGAAUAGUUCUUACUAAAUUAAUGGGUUCUAAGUGCAGUUGUGUGAUUUUGCCUGUCUGAAUUAAUUGUAGGACUAGGACCUUAAUGUAAAGAUUAUGCUUCACAGCAUGCCCAACUUCAUCUGUGUCCUUACUGGAAGUGUUAUCCACUAGUAACGUUAAUCUCAGAAUUAGUUAAUAUUGAUGUUUCAGAAACAGAUAAAUACCAGCUUGUUUUAGUUCUGGAGGACUUUUACCUAUUUGUUUUUACAAACAUUUAGGAAAACAGCCCCAGUGAGUCAUAAUGCAUGUAUUUUUGUGGUUUCAAGUCUGCCACAUCAGUUUUCCAAGUGAAUUUGGUUUGCAGUAGAUGCUGAAUACUGUAAACCGUUUCUGAGGCAAUAUUUAAAUGCAUUUCCCUGGCAGCAUAGAAAUAUAAAUAAACAUGCAGUGUUAACUUUGACUAUUAUUAAUCUGAGUGAACUUCAAAAGUAGCUUAAAAAAAAACUGUGGAGUUAUUUUUGUUGGAUUUCAAAGUAGAUCUGCUGUACAGAUAGCAAUGUUUUAUCAAUCACACGAUGAAAAUAAAAGUAGAAACUGUUUGCUAAAAGCCUCGUAGGUUUUUAUACUGAUGUGCUAAUCCAUUCAAAUUUUAUUGUUAACAUCUGUACUGAGUGAUUGGAAGACUGAUUACAUUAGGAGCCCUUGGGACAAAUAGCAUUUGCAUUUGUGUAAAUAAAUUUGAUAAAUACACAUUAGAAUGUAGAGAAUUAUACAGUUAAGCUAUUGAUAAAAGUAAAAUUAUUUUAUAUGUGAGGUAUUAGUGUUCAUUAUUACUAAGAUAACAUUUCAGAUAAACACCGUGUUGCUUAGUUAGAGCUUCCUCAUUUAUUGAAUGAUAAUCAUAUCUGUAAAGAGAAAGUAAGAGGACAUGAUAAAUGAAUUGGCUGAUUAUGACCUUCAUCUUUCCUCCAUUUCAACCAGCUGCAUACAUUUGUGAUUGACAUCUAUAAACACUGCUUUCACUGCUGAUAAAAUCUUGGUUGUGUAUCAAGGAGUUUAUGACAAACUAUUUUAAUAGAAUUUCCCUACAUAUUAUGGCAGUGUGCAAGAUUUCAUCAAACAGAAACAAUACUUUCUCUAUUCUCUUUUUGUUUGAUAAGUCACUGUAGGAAGAAGCAGCAGUAAAGUGGCUGUUAUUGGUGUAUAUUUGCAGCAUCCAAGUGUAACUCUUUGGUCACAGUUAAUAGGAGUUGAUUUUGUUGUUGUGAUGCUUCUUGUUAGUGGUGUUGUCUGACCAAAUAUAUUAGACUGAAGGUGAUCAGUUUGGGCUAACUUUUGACUCAGAGCUACCAUAUUUUUACUAAAAUUUUUAAAAUAAAGCAAAAGUAUCCAACUAGAAGUAUCCAGCCGGUGGAAAAAAUGGGAAUUUAUACUUCAUUUGCUUUGUAUAAAAAAAGCAUAUCUCUUCUUCAGAAGGUUACCUUUUACCAAAUGUCUCCAGACCGUGAUGUUUGCGUCUUGUGUCAGGGCAGAGGGAUGCUAGGGGUGUGCGACUGGCUGCAGGGCUGGGAUCACACUGCUGCAUGCAGAGCUAGAGCAGGGAGGGACCGGUGUGCCCAUCGGUCCCAUGCCAGCAAAUCUGUGCCUGAACUGCAGCGAGCGCCUGUAACACCACAGAACCUGAAUGGAUUUCAUUAACAGCUCUAACACUUACUGUGGUGUUUCUGUGUUAUUUUUAUCUAUUACUAAAAGUCUAUUUAUGGAGCAGUUGAUGCAUACUUAAAAAAUGAGCUCUAUUAAGAGAAAAUGACCUUGGCGGGAUUAAACCACCAGGCUUGUACUGUGAGAGAAGCUCAGUCUUCUGAUUUUAUCUGACUCCUCUCUUUGACAGAUGUGUUCCAACAACAGCCAUCCAGCCAAGAAUUGUUGUCGGUUUUACAGUAUGACUGUUGUUUUGCUUCUUGUUCUUCUUUGUUUUAUACAGAAGUGAAUGUAUCUGUGUGUAUGUCUAUGUAAAGAUGAGCACUUACAUGUGCCUUUUCGCAGAAGUCUUCGUUGUGACAACGUGAGAGGGCUGUCCGCAUCAUGCAGAAUAUGGAUACAGGAUACAGAAAUACAUUUCAACAGUUGAGUUUUGGUCUCAGUGUCAACAGGGAGACUCAGUUUUGCUGCCUACAGCGCAUUUCCUGUUGUCUGUUGUUUUGAUCUCUGUCACAUUGUUUGGAAGUACCAAUUGCUUUCAUAUAGUAAUACAGGAAGAAGUUGUAUUUAAAUAAAAUGCUUCUUUGUUAUUUACUUUUGAAAAGACAUGAUUCUGCAAUUCCUAAAGAAGUCUGAGAUGUGUUCCUAGGUGUUUUAGUUUUCCUCCUUUUCUGUACCAUCGAAUCCCUCAGUAACUUCCCGCUUGUACCUUCCUUUUCAUAGCGCUGAGGAUCCUUCCUUGUUCCACGCGCAGUUGUGCUUCCCAUUCUCUAAGGAGCACCCUAACGGUAGGAACUCAGAGCACAGAGUCAACAAAGGGCCUUGAGAGCAUUAACAAGGAGUAUUAAAUAAAAGCAUUACCAAAGGGUAUUUGGAACUGGGAGCCUUUCUUCUCAGAAGCUUAGAGCAUAUGUGCCCAUCCACUUUCAGGCAGAAGAUGGGACAGAAGAGGAACCCCAGUUUCUAGGGGAAUACAAGGGAUAUCUUUUUUCCCUUUCCCCAGAAGAUUUAAGAACUGCACUCUUAUUAAGGUUGAGGAGAGGAGCUACAUAGCUUGCUUUCUUGAAAACACAUUUCUUUUUUCCUUUCUACUUCUCUUAGAUCAGUUAACCAAAUUAUAGCUAUUGUAGGUAUCUUCUUAAAGACUGAGCCUCUUGAAAGUAGGACUUAAUGGCUUCUGAACAGAGCCUUUCCUGUAUGUUGAGGAUCAGCAUAACUAAAUCAUGCUCUAGGCUUAGUAUUGAGAAUUGCUGAAACAGUCAGUACUGACUCUGAGUUAUUUUGUCUUUUUGAGCUGCAGGAGUUCAUCAGGCUACUAUUCUUGGCUACUAGUAGCCUUUAAAUCAUUAGCCCUAAGAUCUUUAUCAUAUUGCAGAAAAUUAUUCUGUCAUCAUUUGGUUACUUUGUUUGUUUACAGAGCUUGCGUAAGUUUUCCAUGGUUGAUCAAACGUAAAUAACGGAUACUUAGCUGCCUAAAAUCUUACAGAGGGUUUAAUAAACUACCAAACAUUCAACGGCAAGAUAGAUAACUGGAAACAUUACACUUUUGUUUCUCUGCUUUAGCUGAGGAUAAAGCUACUGUUUUGAAGACUGCAUCUGUAAUUUAAAUGCAAUAUGUAAAACUGUCUUCUGUUAAAACAGUACAUUCUCCCAAACUGUGCAUGUUACACCAGAACCUUGAAUAAGUCAUAGUUCACAGCUAUCCUUAAAAACUGCGUCAUAAGAAGUCAUAAAAGGUAUCCUACAAAAGUUUCAUUUGGCAAGCAGAAGUAGCUCAGCUAGAUUAUGUUUUGCUUUUAAAUUGUUAUUAAAAUGCAUGUGUAUGCCUGUGUGUUUGUAGCAUAUGCUGUAGUUCAACUGUGUUUUUAAUAGCUGUAUAACUAUUUUUCUUUAUACUUUGCCAGAUGAAUUCUUUUGAGUUUGAAAACUGUUAUGCUUGCAUUCAUCCCAAGAAGUAAUUAUUUGGGGAAGAUUGAAAAAAAUGUGCAUAAGCAUUCUGUAAACAAGUCAUCGAUUUUAUUUUCUAAUGAUGUAAGUGAAAACUUCAAGGGAAAAGCUGGGAUGGAGGACAUGCUGGAGCACAGUGGCAGUGCUUUGUUAUGUGCUAUGGAGGCUCUCUGGAAGCUGCUUUAGGAAAGACCAUCAUCCCAUCAGUCCUACUUUCCAGUCUUUAUACCAGGCCAGGAUUGGGGAUAGCAUUUUGCCUAGCAUGAAUUUAAAAUGAACUUAUCCCACCUUGUUUGGCCUGAGCGUAGUGAGAGAAGACUGUUCACCUUGAGUAUUUCUUGUUUUCUGUGCUGCCUUGAGAGAAUGCAGGAAAACUUACAGGAACCUAAGGGAAAUCAAGUCAUUUAUUGGACAUGAAUACGUAUAUUUUGUUGUUUUGCUUAUUGUGUUUUGUUGUUGUUUGUUAAUUUGUUUGAACCAGCUUUAGGUUUUAGGACUUGGUUUUAAGACUCUCUGUAGUCAAGAAGAGUGCAAUUAAUUUCCAUGGGACUCAGGCUCUUUGGAAAACAGAUGUUUUUGGUAGUUCCUGUAGGCCUAGCCGCACCACAUCAGUGCCCUGAGUAAUGGAUAGAAUACGAAUAGAAUCAUGGAACCAUCUAGGCUGGAAAAGACCUUCAGGGUCAUCAGUGCAACCAUCAACCUGACCUACUAAGUCCCUUCACUAAGCCAUGUCACCUAAUGCCCCAUCCACACAUCUCAGAAACACCUGAGAGGACAGUGACUCCACCCCUUCCCCAGGCAGCCGGGAGCACAUGUUUUGGGAUUAAUUACACUAAAGGAGGGGAAGGUCAGGAUACAUGCAAUGAUGAAAGGACUUGUUACAUCUGAUGGCUUUAGAUCAGGUCUGAUGUCAGGCUAUUUUUAUUUGAUGCUGUCAGUGUACUUAGAAAAGGAGGGGGAAAAAAGCGUGGCUAACUGAAAAUAGACCGCACAGUGGAGGCACUGUAUUGCAGGAGUGAUUGCUUUCUAAAUAAAGAAUUUCUGUAUCUCUUGAGAAAAAUUAGGAAAAGGACCAUGAAGUUUCUGUUGGCCAACAGAGGAGAACCAUCUGCUGGAGCUGCAAACAAUUGGCUGCAUUUAACAACCAGUGGUUGAUGGUCUCUGCUCCAACCAAGAGGAAUUAGUUUAUUCAGUGCAGGUGAUUGGAAGUGAAAAAUAGCACACCGUUGUUAAAGGAAGAGGAAAAAGAAAAGUGGGGAAAAAAAAACUGUUUAAAAAACUAAGUUAUGGUUCCACAACGGCAGUAUUUUUCUAUUGCAAGUUUUUAUCGUAAAUUUCUCAAACUAAUAAAAUGCAACUACAUGCCAUAUAAUGAUGUUGGUGAUUCAUUAGCUUCAUCUGUAGAGAGAAAUACAACAUUUUGGCACUUCCUUUUCUUUUUCCUUUCUUUCUUCGUGGUUUUCCAUUUCUCUUCUGCAAACAGUUAAGAUGAACUAAAGCAUUCUCUGUUUUCCAUUAGGUCUCAUUUGCUACAGCUUUCUGCCUUUAAAUUACUUCUGAACCACAGAAUCUGGCAGGACUCAUUGGAAGUCAUUUGAGGACAACUACUUGAUCUGGAGUACAGCCAUAUUCCUCUAGGCUAUGCCAUCCUUCCCCAGCAUUUGACAGUCCUGGAGGCACUCUGUUCAAUGUCAUUUUGAAAGUGUGGCUCAGACAGGGAGAAAGAGCAUGGUAAGUAGUACAGUGUAAUGUAGAAUAACAUUCCUGCUAACUCAUUUAGCUGUUACACAAUAGAGGAAUUCAAUCCAUGUAAACUGUUUUGCAAGGUGUUGGGUCACAGUUUUUUUCUCUUACCCAUUACAGUUUAUAUUCUUUUUGCAGCAGUCUCUUUGUCUACUCAAGAACCUGGAAUAUAUAGAGAUGUGUUUUCAAAACUUGACCAGCAAUUUGAAUUGAAAUUAGGGUGAACAAAGCUUUUGUAUGGUCUUCCAUGGGAAAAAGAGAGUGUCUGUGCAAAUUAUAUAGAUAGACUACUCCUAGAUGAGUUCUCAUUUCCUUGCAUGUUAUAGGUUAGAAAUCAUGGGUACAAAUGGACAGUAGCUUGAACUCUUUGGGGAACUUUGAUAAAGAGGCAGUGCUGAAUUUUCUACAUGCAACUGCUAUUUCUUGUAAUGCAAGGAGCAAAUACAAAGUUAAGAAUAUUUAAGAUAGAUGAAACAUUUUGAUUUUUAGUAUGAAGAUACAUCUGCAGCUGAAAGCAGUGUGUUUACACUUGAAGCAUGCAGUGGUUUUAGGACUUAGCAAACAGUGCAGUUAUUUAGGGUUUCAAUUUCAUUGUACUCAUUCUGUAGUUUUGUGGCUUCCUUACCUUUGGUAAUAAUGCAGUAGUGAAAAAGAUACGUAGCGUUUGAAAGAUUGAAGUUCCUGGUUUGAUUAAAAUACAGCAAUUACACCACUGGGACAGAUGCCAACCAUGUGUUUUCCCUGCUUUUUUGUUAAGUUUACCAUCUCCAGCUGGUUACCAGCUGGUUACCAGCUCCCAAGGAGAUGCUUGGGAGAUGUCAUCGGUAUAUCUGACCAUCCCCAUCCUUCUACACUCAGUGUGCCUUACAGGCUGAUGUGUUCGUACAUUUAUCCCAAGUUACAGCAGAGGCCUUUUGCAGGACAUGAAUGCCUUCGCUAACUUUGACUUCAGUGCAGACAGAGCAGUGCGCAGGAAAUCAUACAAGCAUUUGAUAGACCCUAAGAGGGCAUUUUGAAGAAUUCUGUCUGCGAAACCAUGAUACUUCUCGUAUAUUCCUAUGGUAAUGUUUAAUUUGUGGAAGACCCUUAAUGAAUAUUUUUGUUUUCUUUACGUUGUGAGGACCUACAAAAGGCAAAUGGUGUUUUGAUUAAAAUAAAGAAAACAAAACAACAUAUCACUAAUAAGCAAGUAUGAAGAAAUAUUGCUGAUUUGAAUUCAUAGCCAUGCUCUUUGACUUUAGAAUUUGUAUGUCAUGUAACUCUGUUUUUCUAACACAUCCUAUAAAUUAAGAGAAUAUUCCAUGGAGAAGUAAGUUUUAUUUAUCUGGUAGCUAUCUGAGGCUUAAUUAGCCUAAGGAAAAUUAGCCAGAAAAUUACUGUUGUGUGAAAUAUAGCAAGGGGUCACAGGGAAGGGAGUCUGUUUCUAUUACUUUACUAGUAUUUAGAAUGCUGUUUUCCUUCCUCUCCCAGUACACAUUCAAAUCUUGCCUCUCUUACUUCAUUGGACUGAAUGUGGAAUUUAUUUAGAUCUCAAUCAGAUACAAUAAUAACAUGUUCACUUUAGCUGUAUGAAAUUUCCCUGACUACUUUAAGUGAUGCCAAUUAAGCUCACAGCUACAGGAGUCACUUCAAAUAAAAAGAGGAAAAUGACCAAAAAAGCACCGAGCUGUCUUUGCACUCUGAAGGUUUAGGAGGUAUAGAAGAAAUGAAUUCAGCAUUUUUCAUUUUAUUCACUAAUGUGCCAAUUCAAUAUGCACUGAUGAAAAGCUGCUUGAUUUUGAAAGGUUAUUCAGUCUUCUAAAGACAAAUACCAAAUUUGAUUAUAUUCUAGCAAUAUUAUAGAGAAGACACUUAGUUGCUUCAGUCUUGGUUUUAUGAAACAGAAGGGGCAACAGCUAAAAUGAAGGAGUGGUUCUUUCUUUUGAGUGCAGAGUUCAGCAAACUAUAUGUAAAAAGAAUUUCUAAUAAGCAUGAAAGUAGCCAGGGAAGGUUCAUCUCUUAUCUCAAGCACUCUAUAGAAAACUGUAAACAUUGCAUUCUAAAUAAGUUGCGUAGUGAAGUUUAGCAAAGAACAUCUUCCUUUCUUUUCCAGUCAGAAAUUCACCUUGUAUGCCACUGAGACUGACUGCAAGCUUUUCUUCGUUCUGCUUUGUAUCUAGCUGCCCUUGUUUGCUUACUAUGGGAUCUCUGUUCUUUACAGAAAGUAGUUGUUCUUGGGAAAAAAAGUGUGAAGGUGGUUUCUGCAAAUUCUUUAGAUUUUUUUAUUUUUGGUAAAAGUAGGGAGCUGUCUAAGUAGCAAGGACAACUUGGCAGAAUUCAGUACUCUUCUCAUUUGGGCUCAGCAGCAGAAGAGUAAGAAUGGAGCAAUACAGUGUAUUAAGAGUAUCAUUGUCCUACCGUUGUUGUAGGAUAGCAGAGUAAGUGAUUCAGUGUUAGGGGAAUAUGUUUGAGAUUACUGAAUUUGGUAUGGUAUACAGUCUUGCAAAACGUGGACAUCAGUUUAAUAUAAGUGUAAUAUAAAGAGAUGUGCAAAAACUACCUUGGAGGCAAAAAAAAAAAAAAAAAAAGAAAAAAAAAGAAAAAAAGAAAAAAGAAAGAAAUAUAUUAGCAAUGGGAUAAAGGAAAAUAGAAAUGAAAAGCAAAAGGGGAAAAGUUUAUUGUAGUCAGUGAUAAUCUCAUUAAGAAUAGGAUAGAAACACCAUAAUGGAAAAAGAAAAGGUUCAUGGAAUUUAGUGGUGACUGUGAACUCACACAUAAAGGUGAGAAUUGAAAAGAGAAGCAGGCUGGAGAAAGGGAAUUCCAGACAGAUGAGGCAGCACAGGCUGAAGGGCAACCCCAGCUGCGUGAUCAUGAGGAUGGGAUGGUGAGGAAUGCAUGAGUGGGCAGUAAUUGGAUGAUGGACAUGAGAUUAGAGUCAGGGUGGAGUGAGGCCAAGAGGAGUUUCUGAAAAAACAGGAUGCUAAAUAUAAAUGGGAUUCAGACAUUUACUGUGUCAAAGUGACAUAAUUAUGGCAGUUACAUUGUAUUAUUCUCUGGAAGGAUGAAAGCUCAGUCCUUAAGGUUUUAAAGUCACUGGGGCUGAGGGACAAACUGAAAGCAAUAAAUUGUAUGAAUGGAGGCAGGAAAUGAUAAAAACCCAAGUGGUGAUGCAGGCAGAGAAAGUAAGUAAAUAAAGUCAGCUGUACUUAGUUAGUUAGUUUUAAAUUUAGAAGAGUUUGGAAACAUUCCAAAAUAAAUUUUCACCUCUUUUUUUUUUCUUUUCUUGUAAAUAAAGCUGAAGACAUUGUCUUUUGUUGGUGGGUGUUUUUGUUUUUUUUUUUAGAUCAUUAUACUCACUACUCGUUUUCAACCUGUCUUCUCACUUAACUGGAUUAUCUCAAAGUCCAUUAAUUCAUUUUUAAAAACUGUCAUUCAGAUUCUCUGAUGUGAGUGUAUUUUAUAUCCCCAGAUAGCUUUAUUAUCAGAAACUGUAUUGCAGUGCUUGGACAACUUCAGGGUUAAUGUGUUUCAAUCUUUGUAUUUAUUAACUGGAGAAGAAAAAAAAUGGUCUGAAAAUAACAGAUUACUGCUGGUUGAAAAAUUUAAUGUCUAAUGAUCAGGUGGUAAAUGCAUACUCAUAAUUGUAAAUUAAGCCUAAUUUAGGCUCUUAAAUUACUGACUUUUUCCGUUCAUAUACAACAUUGUGCAACUAAUGAAACCACUUAACUCUAAUAUUUUGUGAUUUUAGCUUACAUUCUCCUUCAGAUAACUUUUUCCUGGAUCACAUUCAUGGGUAUUCUCCAUAGUGGGCUUUUCCUUCGAUCUGAAGGCACUGCAGGCACGUCCUCAGGGCAGUCCUGCAGUGGCUGUGUGCCCUGGGAGGGGUGGGCCGGCCCUGCCUGAUGGCCCACUGCAGCUGGGAGGAGGGCGGCGUGAGGUCAGUUACUUCAGCUGUGGGAGGGAGCCUGAGGAAGGACCAGUGUUCCCUGGGCCUCCAAGUGAAACUGGUACCUCUGCUGUUGCUGAGCGAUGGAGAGCUGGAAAUCAGCUCUUCAUUGAGAAGUGUAUCAUCUGGUUCUUCGAGGCCUUCCAAAGUGUGUUUGGUGUGUGGAGAUGAGGCAUCUGGAUGUCAUUACGGGGUAGUUACAUGUGGCAGCUGUAAAGUCUUCUUCAAGAGAGCUGUAGAAGGACAGCAUAAUUAUCUGUGUGCGGGAAGGAACGACUGCAUAAUUGAUAAGAUUCGGAGGAAGAACUGCCCAGCCUGUCGAUUACAGAAAUGUCUGCAAGCUGGAAUGAAUCUAGGAGCCCGGAAGUCCAAAAAACUGGGCAAAUUGAAAGGGAUGCACGAGGAACAGCCACAGCAGCGGCAGCAGCCGCCACCCCAAAGCCCGGAGGAAGGGACGACAUACAUCGCUCCAGUAACUGAGCCCCCUGUAAACACAGCACUUGUCCCCCACAUGUCUGCCAUCUCACCAGCACUUACUCCCUCUCCUGUUAAGAUCCUUGAAAGCAUUGAACCGGAGAUCGUGUACGCAGGAUAUGACAGCUCAAAACCAGACACAGCCGAGUACCUGCUUUCCACCUUAAACCGCCUGGCUGGCAAGCAGAUGAUUCAGGUGGUAAAGUGGGCAAAGAUACUUCCAGGAUUUAGAAACUUGCCUCUCGAGGACCAAAUUACUUUAAUUCAGUAUUCGUGGAUGUGUCUGUCAUCGUUUGCCUUGAGUUGGAGAUCAUACAAACAUACAAACAGCCAGUUCCUCUACUUUGCUCCAGACCUGAUUUUUGAUGAGGAACGGAUGCGCCAGUCUGCAAUGUUUGAACUGUGCCAGGGGAUGCAUCAGAUCAGUCUGCAAUUCGUUCGCUUGCAGCUCAGCUUUGAGGAGUACACCAUCAUGAAAGUUUUGCUGCUGCUGAGUACAGUUCCCAAGGAUGGUCUCAAAAGCCAAGCUGCAUUUGAAGAAAUGAGGGCAAAUUACAUUAAAGAACUAAAGAAGAUGGUAACUAAAUGUCCAAGUAACUCUGGGCAAAGCUGGCAGAGAUUCUACCAACUGACUAAACUUCUUGACUCCAUGCAUGAUCUUGUUAGUGACUUAUUGGAAUUCUGUUUCUACACCUUCCGAGAGUCUCAGGCACUGAAAGUAGAGUUUCCAGCCAUGCUGGUGGAAAUCAUCAGUGACCAGCUACCAAAGGUGGAAUCCGGGAAUGCCAAGCCCCUGUACUUUCACAGGAAGUGAUAGAAAAUGUCUUAAACGCAAGAACUUUGCCUUAAGUUUCCCUGUGUUAUUCCACACCCAUGAAGGACCCAAGAAACCAUAUUUUAAACAUGCUAUUUACACUUGUUCUGCAGUCUCUGAAUAGUCUAAAAUCAUAUGAAGGGUUUGGGGAAUGGAAAACAGUUGACUUGGAUUUGGCAAGACCUAGAUGUUUGGAAAUUACCCCAUAACCCUAAAACACUUAGAAAAUGUUCCUGUUCCUCUGGAUGAAAAGCCAUAUCUAGUCAAUAACUCUUUGAUUUUGAUAUUUUAACGGAUGGAGUUUUAAAUAUGCCAUGUAGUUUCUGGUAUCGUUUGCUUGUUUUAAAAGGGUUCAAGAACUAAUGAGAACUUUUUAAAGCUUACCCUUGGUUUGCACAUAAAACGUAAAGUCAAUAUGGGGCAUUAAUAUUCUUUUCUUGUAAAAAAAUAAUAAAAACAAACAAAAACUCUAUAUAUACACAUAUAUACACACACACAAAAAAAAAAACCCUACUGUGUAAAGUAAUAACAGAACAUUUGGUGUGGAAUACUCUGUUAUCCCCACCUGUGGCAUUUGUUAUCCCAUGUUAUCCCACCCUAGAUGAUAUACACUGUGUUAAGUGUCCAUUUACUAUUUAAUUAAGACGGAUAAGAUGUGAAAACAAAUGCCCUGGUAUCAAUUUAUAGUAUCUAUUGUGCUGGCUUUACAAAUAAUUUUUUGCAGUCUUUUGCUGUACUGUACAUUGCUGUAUGUAUAAAUUGUGAAGGACCUGAAAUAAGGUGUAAGGAACUUUUGUAAAUGAGACAAAAAAAUCUUUAAUGGUUAAUAGGAUGAAUGGGAAAGUAUUUUUGAAAGAACUCUAUUUUGCUGGAGACUAUUUAAGUACUAUCUUUGUCUAAACAAACAAGGUAAUUUUUUUGUAAAGUGAAAUGUUCUGCAUGCAUAAUGAACCGUUUACAGUGUAUUUAAGAAAGGGAAAGCUGUGCCUUUUUUAGCAUCAUAUCUAAUUUACCAUCCUAUAGUAUCUGUUGUAAAUAACCACACUUAACCUUUUCGGUUGUAUUUAAGCCUUUCUAUUUUCCUCCAUAUUUUUCUCUCUUUUGUCUCGCUUGCAAGUGUACGUGAUGAGCACAUCUUGGAAAUCCUGCUUCAUAUUUCUGUAGGAAACGACACUUUGUUCCGUUUGCCACUUACGAAGGUUUCAUUUAACAAGACAAAUUACAGUCUCUCCAAAGCUUUUGCCAGCGUAAUGAUAGCGUGAGUUCCUGCCCUCUGCUCCCUUUGUCUCCCAGGGGAGGAGAGGCAGAUAAGACGUUGAAUGAUUGUGCUAUUUUUAAUUAAUGUUUCCCAAAUUGUGUUGGUUUUUUGUGUUUUUUUUUUUCCUUCGAAUACUUGGAUACAUGAAACGUCUUUGAAGGUCAGAUUAUUAUUUCAGAUUGAGGAGAACAAUUUCUGAUUACGAUGAAGGGAACAUGCAGAUCAUGACAGUAAGUACCAGCAAGAGCGAUGGCAAGGUACCGAUAAGGGCAGAUCAGCAGAGUAGAAUUUUUAGCGGUAAACUCAAAGCGCAUUUAAUUUUGUAUGACUUUUUGUAAUAAUCAGAACACACGGAAAAGAAAACCGUUGACGCUCCACGUUCAGCUCGGUCUGAUUUUGUCUCACAACGUUUUCUCUAGGACGAGACUGUGAACAAAACCUUUUUGAGGUGAUUUACACUAUUUCACAAUUUAUAAAUGAAUACAAAAUUUUGGUGUAGAAUAGAGGACAGAUGAACUUUUCUGAGGCUCAACUGUUGCUACCGUAUGCUAAUUUAAAUAGAGUAGUUUUUUCUGAGUCCUAAUCUGUAGUGUUCUCUCUGGGUGACACUGAUGUUUUUGAGCUAUGAUUUGUCCCUUGACCAGUCAGAAUGUAGCAUUUCUUUGAAACAGUGGUCCAAUAGGAGUUACGUACCCUUUCUGAUUCCAAAUUUUGAGGUGUGCUUUGGUGCACUGAAGACAGUCAGUGCUACUUGUCUUUUUAAAUGACACCUGCCUUAUGCAAUGGGUAACCUGUAAAGACUGUAUUCAGAGAGGUUUUUUAUAUAUAAAUAUAUACAUACAUAUAUUAUUUGCAUUUUGGAAGUCUAAUUCAUAGGCAGAUCUUUAAAUACUGACCUGCACAGCAAUAUGAAAGCCAAACUUCCAGCGUGAGAUACACAGCAUGCAGACCGGUUGUUUACAGUAAAGAAACAGUCAUACAUCCAUCUUUUCACUUUUUUUUUUUUUAUUAUUAUUUUUGAGUCUAAAAUAGAAAAUUUCAAAGCCAGGUUCUGGGUGAAUACAGUCUGCAGCAGCUUUUUAUAUUAACAAAGUUACUGCCUCCUUUUCUGUCUCAGAGUAACUUUGCUUGAUUAAAAUAGCAAAGCCAUAUUCUACACUUCACUGUUAAAUGCCUGUCCCAGUCCAAAUUGUUGUCUGUUUGCUCCUAUUUUUGUACCUUAUUACUUUUAAUCUUGGUUUGGUACAAUUCAUAAUUCACAGAAACUUCAUAUAAUUAAACACACUAAAUUAGUUUUAAAAAGCAAUUUAUAUCUUUAUGCAAAAACGUAUGUCUGUCUUUGCAAACAACUGUAAGCAGAUUAUAAUAAAUCCUUUACUUUAAUCACCUGUUGUUUAUGAAACCAUUCAUUGAUUAUUAUUUUUUGCUAGAGCUCAUUGAAGUAAUAGAUACAAUUGGAUAUAGAUGUUGUAAGAGGCAGUAUUCUCUUAUCAAGGACACAAGCAGAAUAGCCAUCACAUUUUUUUCUUAUCUAAACCUGCGUACAGCAGAAAACAAAACCUUUGGUUUUCAGCUACCACGAAGUUACGUUAUUUUGAAUUUGUUUAGAAUGAAAUAGGCAUUUGUCUCCUGCAAAAUACAAGACAAACGAAAACAUCCUUUAAAAGUGGGCUUCUGUUCAUUGAGCUAAAUUAUUUUGUUGUAAGAAAGGACGGGGAUAUACAGCAAGAGCAUUGUAUACGCAGUUGAAAAUGUAAAAUAGUGUCAAUGUACUGCAGUGGGUAUUUCAGGAAUACUACACGCUGUGCAACCGACCGGUUGCACGAAAUAAAAUAGAAAGACUAAAGUUUGCAGUAGCAAAAUCUUAUUAAAACGAUACUUUACAAUCAAUAAUGCAAAAAGCUAAUUCACAGGGUGGUGUUUUUCACUGACUUGUUUAAGCAUUUAUGAAAUUAAAACAAUUCUACAGUUAAUGCACUUUUAAUUGUUUAUUAAAGAUUUGACUUUCUUUUUUUAGAGCAAUGUUUUCAGCUGGAGGUCAAUGACUUGAUAAGAUAGACAGCAAGCAGUUCUGAGGCCAGGAAGCUCAGAGGAAUGUUUAAGCACUCUUGGAGUUUAACUAGAUUCCUGGAUGGAAAAAUACAAGCAGCCAGCAGUAUGGUGUAAACAGUAACAUCUAUGCAUAAUGAUGCAUUUAUAAUUAGGGGUUUGCUUCUGUAUGUUUAAAGCUUUUUAAAUAAAUAGAAAAUAUUGUUUGGUCUUUA